CUUGUGAAUAAACUAGCAAUUAAACCCUCCCCCCUGCUUCAGGUGUUCAGUUUGGGGGUAUCAAAAUGCUUGUCUGCAUAGGCAUAUGUCUGUGUGUACCAAAAAUGUGACCAACACAUGUUCUGCAACCCCCUCAGCUCCAAAAACAACAACAACACACAUUUCACUUUGAAAGGUGUAUUUCAUCCGGAGAUUUUCUACUGGAAGAUAGGCCCCUGGUGUGCCACACAUAAUCUGAGCAAGAAACUCAGAUGAAUGUCCAAGUUACUUUUUGCGGCUUAUGUAGCUACAAACACAUUAUGGCUCAAAUAAUAUUCAGAUGGUGUCUCAUAAAGUUCAAUCUCUGAAGUGAAACAAUUCUGGGCCUAGCCAGGGCAGGGGCGUUGCAUUCCAUUUCACUGCCUGAGGUGAAACAGGAACGUGACACGCCACUGCAGCCUCCCUGACCUGAGUUGUGAAGGGACAGCGAGUUCUGGCAAGAUCUCAUGAAAUCUCACCAAAAUCUCUUGAGAUCUCAUGCGAGAUCUCACAAAGUUUUGAAAAUCUCUCGUAAGAUUUCAGAAGCCAGUGCUGCUGUCAGCAGAGGCAGCAGGGCGGGCAAGGUUAUCCAAAGCAGCUGCCUCACCCUGCCUCGCAGAUUAGACAGCCCUGCUCCAUUGGGAAAAUUGUCCUCGUUCCUACUCUCUGCUUCCUCUUGACCAAAUUCCUGAUCCACAAGAGGACCUCGCCUCUUUUUCCUUCCUCAGGACUCUCUGGAGGAGGGAGAAUGCGUUUUAAAUGUAUGGUGAGUCUGCAGCCACCACCUCCUAUCUCCUCCCACCUACCUCCAGCCUGAAUUCGUGUCACAGUGAAAGAAGCUUCCUACAGGCCAGACUGAGAGGGAUUGAAGAGGGUGAGGCCUAAUUUUCAGCUUUCAUUGCUCCCGAGGAGACAAAGACUAGUACUUUAUCUGGGACAUGGCAGAUUGGCACUUAAAGAGGUGUUGUUCUCAAUGGAAUGAACUCAAGACUUUCCUCUUAAUUCCACUGUUGAUUGUUUAUCCUGCCCAACCCCAUCUCUAUGGAAGGAGAUCAGAUUAGAAAGUCUCUGGUGAGUCUGGAAGAAAAUCCAGCACUUUCUGUGAUUCAGCUGCCAGUGCUGUUGAGUAAGGCCCCUUUAUUGCUAAGGUUUUAUCAGGGAUCUCGAGACCCUUGAAAGGCAUUAAGGGCCUAAUAUGCAAAUCUCUGUUGCCCUAAACCCUUGCCUUGUAACUAGAAGGCUGAUAUUGAAAGGUGACUUCUCCUGGGUCACCUUGAUCACUACUUCACUGAAACUGUGUGUGUAAAUCGAAGAUGGGGAGCUUGCAGCCAUCCAGUUAUUACUGGACUCCCAGCUUCCAUCAGCAUAGCCAGUAUAGGCCCAUGGGAUUAUGGGAGUUGUAGUCCAGAACACCUGGAGGGCAACCAGCUUCCUAUCGCUGAUAUAAAUGUUGCUUUACCUUCUGAUGGAAAGGCCAAGCCUCCUCAAAACUGUCAACAAUAAGGAGUUUAAAAUCUUUCAUUAGUCUCUGGCGUUUAGUUGAUGAAUUAAAUUUUAUGGCAAUUAUAUAUUGCAAAAGAGCUGUGGCUCAGUGGUUCAGUCCCUGGCAUCUCCAGGUUGGGCUGGGAAAGAUUCUUGUCUGAAACCCUGGAGAGCUUCUGCCAGUCAGCCAUAAUUAACAACAACAACAACAAUAAUAUUUUUCAGAUUGAAUGUUAUGCAGUGGACUUCCUGAGGUAUGCUGGUUUGGAGCAACAGGUGGAAGAGAUGGAGCAAUGCGUCUAUGCUUGCUGCCUCCUGGGCUCCUUUGUAGAGCCUGCUUUUGUUAGCUUACAACAAGAGAACUAAAAAAGGGAUUGGGAUUCUGCUAGUUAAACCAAGUAGGCACUGCAGAUGCUUUUCAUCUAGCAUAGUCAUUGGACCUUGCCAUGUUAGAAAUAGAAGGAUGUCAAAGUUUUACCAGAGGGGCUGGAUAUUUGAAGAUAUUUAAGUCUUUAUUAGGUAUAGCAAGAGCGAGCUUGAAAUUUAGGGGGAGGACGUGGCUUAGUGGUACAGAAUCUGCUUUGCCCCAAAGUCAUGCUUGCUUAAGACAGGGUGAUAUGUUUUGUGUAUGCAAGGGCUUUGCUGUCAGCAUGAGAGGCUUCCGUCAACAUAGUGAUGUUUCUUGGUGUCUGUAUAGUAUGUUCUGUUUCCACAGAUUGAUAGAAUCAUGUAUCCGGAAGAGUUCCUAUGGGUCAUACCCAGCAAAUUCCUUAAAUUUAAAUGAUACCCAGCAGCCAAUCACCCAUUUUCUCUUGAAAACCUCCAGAUAAAGAGAUUCUAUAAUUUCCUUGGAGACAAAUAUUCAGUGGUUAUUUCUCUGAGGGUCCCACAUAGAGAGUCUAAGCCGCUUCCUGAAGGAAGCCUUCUGGAGUACACAGGGUUGACGGAUUGUUUUAAAAAUCCACUAGGCAGAAUUGCAGGCUUGUGGUUAUUCUCUAAAAUGAGGGCAUCCUUGGCAGAUUAGCAUCUGCCUGCAUAAGGGUCAAACGUAGAGUUAUAAGGUUAUAGCCCAGUCAUAGCCCCAAGUAAUAACAGUUCCCAUCUCGACUACAGAAAAACAUGGAUCUUUGCCUAGGUGGAAAAAUGCAGAGCCAGCUACUGUCAUGGUGCACCACAUUUAAACACCCAGCACAGGCCAUUUAUACAAAGGCUGUGAUUAUAGAGAGGAAAGGGAUUAUUUGAACACCUGUAAAUAGCAGAGGAAAACCCCACUGCUGUUCCGGAUGAUUCUAGAUAAACCCCACAAUCCCAUAUCCACUGUGGUCCAAAGCGCUUAAGGAUCCUCCAUUCCAGAGAACUCCCCAACCUCAUGGAAUUUAUCAUGCUUGUGUCAUGAGAUUCCCAAUGAAGAAAAAUCCCCGAGAAAAUAAAAGCCUCUUAGCCUAACUAGGGUUGCUAGGAAUUUCCCAGACAUACACGGAAUACCGUAUCCGGAAGCAGUGUCCUGGCAGAAAUUGGCUAAAUUUUGCCGAUCUUCCUAAAAAAAAGGCCAAAUUCUUUGUGAUUUUGCAAAAAAGGUAAACAACUUUUCUGUCCAGAUGUUCACUUAUUGAAAUAUGGCAACCCUAAGCUUAACGUACCUCACAGAGGCGUUAUGGGGAUUCCGUGAAGAGGGGAAGAGCUACAUAGCCACCUUGAGUUCCUUGGAGGAAAAGGUGGGCUAUAAAUGAAAUAAAUAAAUGCUCUGAUUCAGACCAAGGCAACUUCGUACAUUUGUCAUAAUAAAUAACAAGAUGAAAGAUGAAAAAAAAUAUUUUUUAAUAAUUCCAGUUAUUAAUGUUUAAUAAUUCCAGUUAUUAUUCAAUCAAUUCCUACAUUUGAUUCUUCCUGAUGUUUUCAUAACUGGAUGCCCAGAUCCUCAACACAUUCUUUAUCAGAGUUAGAGGUAUAAAAGGAACUGAGCAAAGAAGAGCACUGGCUUCCUACCUGAAGCGCUAACCUUUUGUAACACAGCCCAAUCUCUGCCUUUUUCUUUCACCUUUUCUUAUGCAAGAGCCUCACAGUUGCUGGCUCGUGUUCAGGUUGUGGUUAAAAGAAACUCAGUGCUGCUGCCUCGCCAGGUUUCUCUCCUUUUGUAGUUAAGUACCUGAUUUGUCUUUGCAAAAGUUUAUCUUAAUGUGCUAAUCCUUAAAAAGUUUUAUCAAAAUCAUUCCGAGUUUCAACUGAAUCCUCCCAAUGUUCUCACUGCUGCAUAGCUCUGUAACAAUUUCCAGAGGGGGUAGCCGGGCUGCUGUGUAGUCCAACAGAAACAACAAAGAGUCUUGUGGCACCUUAAAAACAAACACGUUCCUUAUGGUAAAAAAGCAUUUUGUGGACUACAGUUAGCGCUGACUUAAUUUCUGAAACUAUGUUAGGUAAUUUGAUGGAAAGCGUCAAAAGUACUAGAGCCAGGUAGGCAGAUAUUUGCAGAAUGCUCGCGAGUCAGUGCACUGUACAAGCUAGCAGUUUCAGCUGAGGACUGCACUGCCAGACCAUUUGGCAAGACCAGGGCUGGCCCUACCAUUAGGCAAAAUGAGAUGAAUGCCUUAGGUGGCAGAUGAUGGGGGGUAGUAGGGGAAGCACGUGGCUGUUUCUCUCCCCCCCUCCCCCCAACACUCUUUUGGAAGACAGAAUUACAUUUGUUGUACAGCCUAUCCUGUCCACCCCAGAACCAGCCUGCUGCCUCAGGAUGCUAUUCCAUCAUCAGAGUUGAAGGCAAAUUCAAUUUUCACUCUAGCAGGGGCAUUCCCAGAAGUUGGUUAAGUUGGCACAAGAGGGUGCAAAAAUUGUGAAGAAAGACAAAGAGAGACAGUGAUUGCCAAGGGCACAAGGAUAUGGGGCAGGGGUACAGCUCCUUGCCAAGGGUACAAGAGAGCUUAGGUACACCUCUGCACUCCAGUCAGCUUCUGUACCUGGAAUAGGCAGGAGGCACCAUCUUGUCUUUCGUCUCAGACAGAAAAAUGUCUUGGGCUGGUCCUGAUCAAGACAUUUUUCCAUCUGGGAUAUGAACAGAUCUGAUCUACCUUUCACACUCUAGAUUACUUGCAUAGUAUGUAUGAAACAUUUUGGACACUCUAAAUUUCUAUAUUAAUGCAUCAGCUUUCCCUAUUAUUAUCAUGUUAUUAUUUACAGAAUUCAUAGCAGAAUUAACAUUAACAAUUUCCCGUCUGCCUUUUGCUCCAUCUAUGUGUGCAUCCAUUGAGCAGCAGAGCCAUCUAGUCACAGCAGGAGUAAGACGGGGAUGGGGGGAUAUAUGUUCACUGGAUGCACAUCUGUCCAACACCCAAACCUUUAUGUGGAUUCGGCCCAUGAGGUCUCAAAGUGAGCAAUGCACUGCCAAAACCCUUGAAUUCUCAGGUGAAACCACAAGUAUCAAAAGCUGUUUAUUAUGAAACAGAAGACUACAGAGGUGCAUGCUAGCAUUCAGAAAAAUAAACAGAAAAAUAUGUAUUCACUUUUACCAUGGUUGGUAGUUACGGGUUGUUGUUUUUUUAAAAAAGAAAUGUCAUUAUUUAUUUGAACUUUAACUGAUCGAUCCACCGGGCAAAUUAUUUAUUCCAGUUUUAAACCCCUGCCCUUCCUUCAAGGAACUUAGGGUGGCAGCGUGUGGUUCACACCCCACACCUCUGCCACACUUUAUCCUCACAACUACAAGCCUGUAAAGUAGAUUAGACUAAAAGAUAACUCCUGUGCAGGAGUGAAAACUUGGGUAAUGUAAACAUGUAAGGGGAAAUACUGGCAGAAGCUGCUGUUGAGCUGCCCCCCCCCCGACAGCAGUGUCACUGCCCCUUACCUGGAUGGUGGGGGGAGGUGCAGGGUAGGUGGGGCGCUGAGGUUGGGGCUGCACAAGAAACCAAUCCUCACCACGUCCUGCCCCACUCCUGCCCCAAGUGGCAGCCACACUGCUGUUGGGGAGGGGACUUUGCAGCCCCUUCACGGCAGCCUCUCCUGUGUACUUGGCCUGGCUCUCUCUAAUAUUUUAGUGGGGGAGGGGCAAAGGUACCUCAACCCCUAGGAGUUGGCUCCUAUGCUUCCUCAGUCACCAUUACCAAGUAGGAAGGCAAAUGAAAUGAUGGUGGAGGGGAGGGAAGCCAGCACCCUUGCCUCUGCUGCUCUUCUUCACAUGGGCACAUUCACCCUACUUGUAAAGUCUACAUCUACGUAUGUGGUUUGCAGCUGAUUUCUCCAUAGGCAUCAAGAGACAGCUUCUCCUUCCUCUCAAUCGGCAGCUUGAGGGCUCACAGACUUUGGCCUAAUAUAUAGCAAGAGAAGACAAGGCAAUCUCUAGCAGGGGUGGGGAAUCUCAGAGCUCUCCAUCUGGCCCUUGGAACUCUCUCCAGGCCAUACUCUCACUGCCCCUCCCUGUAUUUUUACCCAGCUGCAAUGUGUCCUUGGAGAUGUGGGGGGAAGAAGCCUUCUGCUCCCCAUUCCCUCCUGUUCUAAAAAUAAAAUAUAUAUAUACGAAUAAGGAUGACAUGUGAUUAAGCGGUUGUUAGUGUCCCCCCUACCUUUUUGUGCCAUGACUCCCCAUUUCUGUAAUGCUCUCCCCAGGACGGUAUGUCUGGCUCCGACACUUUUUCAGCUCCAGGCUAAGGACUUUUGAAUGCACCCAAGUAUUUGAAUGUUCAUAGUUGUUCCUUGCUUGCUUUUUGGAUGUUUUUAGCUGCUUGCUGUUUUGUGGUGAUUGCUUCUGAUAAUUUCAUGGUGGGAAAUAUUUACUUGGGGGAUGUUCGGUGUGGUCACUUUUCAUGUGCGUCUUUAAUAUUUACUUGUUUGCUAUGCAAUUCACCUUGAGACCUUUGGAUGUAAGAUGAAUCGUGAAUAAAGUGAUAAUAAUAAGAAAUAAUGCUUUCCCGUUUGCUUGGGUGGAGAAUAGAGAGGGUGUGUGAGAGAGAGGGUGUAGAAAAGUAGUCUACUGCACAAAGGUAAACUUUACAUUUGUUGCCCCGCCUACUUUUGCCUCUUGCCCCACCCACCUCUGCCAUGUGGUUGCCCAGAAGAGAAUGUGGCCCUCAAGCUGAAAUAGGUUCCCUACCCCUGGACUAAAGGGAAGUUUAAAGCUAACACUAUCUAUCUGCAUUCUGAUCAAUGACUGUAAACGUCAACAAGCCUUUCAAGCCAAUAAUCCCAUUUCUUUAAUGCUUAAGAAUGGCAGCAGACAUGCAGAUAUUUCUCAAACCCUCAACAGGGAUUUGAAGCACAUUAAAAGUACUUGAGUGUCAUAAAUGUAGGUACAAAUAAUGCUAAUAAAAAUACAUUUUGUAAACAAACCCAUCCAUUUCCCCCCAGGCUAUUUCAUUACCAUGAUGGGAACUGAUAAUUUUUAAAUUUUAGGUUUCAGAAACCCAAAUAGCUCUGGUUAUCCUACAGCACCUACCAAAUAGUCAAGGCCUCAUAAGGAACACCAUCUACAGCCCAGACUCCUAUAUGAGGCAGGAGCAGCCAUUGACCAGCAGCCCCUCCAUCUACCCAGAACAGACAAGUCCUAGCUAUCUAAUGAUUAAAGAGCAGGGCUGUGUAAUUGAAUGACAUAUGGGGCAAUUUGUCUAUUAAUUAAAAUAUUCCUAAACUGCCCUAUAUCUGUUGAUAUUAGAGCAGGAUACAGCAAUAACGUAACUAAUGAACCCUGUACCUGUAUGUGUGAAUAUGGAAAAGCUAAGGCUGUAUAUACAUGUGUACCUAGAAGGAUCCAUGGACCCCGUUUGCAAGAUUCUUUGUUUACACGAGGACGCAUACGAACAGGUUAUACGUAACUGGCCAGAUGAUGGUGAUGUGUAUGCGAGCCUUGAGCUAUCGGAUUGCAGAGCUGCGCAUGCAUUUCUGUGGUCAUUUGCAACUGUGUCGGUAGGUGCUGCAGUUGUAUUUCGGCCACACACAAUGAUGCAGCCGCAUGCCCGGGCUGGAAAGUCCGGUGGAUAGUUAGCAAAAAAUGUACAUCGAGCGAGUCUGCAGCAUAUAAAUAAUCUAUGCAAAUAAUGUUUGUGACUGCUGGGUGUUGCGCCUGUUUUGCGCGAACGUGUUGUGCGCCCAUUUCUCCUGAUACCUGUGUGCAUGGCGAUGCGCGCCUGUGCGCGUGUUCUCAGCGUUGGGCCGUGCACGUGUGGGCGUGCAUGCAGCGUUGGAGCCGUUACUUCUGCAAAGGAGGUGGGCGCGCAAGUGUGGCCGGGGUUGCACGGGAUGGCUGUGCGCGUCUCUGCAGAUGCGUGCGUGUGUGUGCGAGGGUGCAUGUCUCAGGGUGUGCGGUUGGCACACGCUUCCCGGCCCGUCCUUUUCCCGCCUGCCCGCCCGAGGGCUCCUGCACGGGCGUGUCGGGACUCGGGCUUGGGGCGCUGGCUCGGCGGUUGCUUGCUGCGCGUGGAGAGCUUUUUGCUGCUUUCCCGUCCCGUCCAGGCCGAGAAGAAUCCGCCUCCGCUGUGGUCGCCGGUCGCGGCGCGCUGCCUCGUGCGCCCUCCGCCCCGCGGCUCGGUCGCCAGCUGCCCCGGCGGGAGCAGCCGCGAUGAGUGGAGGGGCGGGCUGCGGGGGCCGCACGUGCCCGCCGGGCCCGGCCUGACCCCACCCUUGCCCCCUCCCUUCCCCCCGGAGAAAGAUUACCCUGCCCUGAUAGAGUCGCAGCAGCCUCUGCUUGCAACUUCAGCAAGCCGGGUGGGGGGUUCAAAAGUUGCAAAGGAAAGAGGGUGUGUACAUAAGACAGGGAGGCAGAGAGAGAGAGAGAGAUCUUUGCCAGCCUCCUUCUUUUUCUUCCCAGCGCUCUCGGAUGGGGGGUGGAGGAGGAGGAGGACCUGCCCGCAUGGAGCUCCGAGGACAACCGUGGAGCCCGUUGCUACCUUCACCGACGACGACUAACCCUCGACGCCUCUUCGAAAACCAGCUGCCCUGCUGAAGGAACGAGAAGGGUGGGGAAGAGAGAGGGAGAGAGAGAGAGAGAGGGCAGGCCCGAGGUGCUCGCUGCAGUUUGGGCUUGCAAAUCUUUGCAACGAGCUGUCGAAAAAACAAAAACACCUCCCUCUCCAAUCCAAGGCGAUCAAUGAGGUCCUAAAAGAGCAGGGGAAAGUGACAGGAGUAGAGAGAAAGAGCGCAAAUCGACGACAGCAGCAGCAGCAGCAGCAAGCAGCGAAGAGACAACCUACCCCCAUCCCCACCCUACUAGCCCUUAAACAAGAAGAACCAGCUGGUAGACAGACUAAAACUUCAGCAGCCAAGAUGGGACAAACUCUGCUUCUUUGGUUCUGCCCCCUGCUUCUCCUCAGUCUCUGGGGCCAAAGGUAAGACCGUCUCCUUUUGGUUUUCUCUGGCUUCCCCGCUUUCCAAACCCUCUCCACUCGUUGGCGAGGCCUUUACCACGCAGCCCGCAAUUGACAGCCUUCCCCCGCUCCAAUGCCCCCAGCAUACGCACCAUGCUAAGAGGAGAUUAAUUACAUAUCCCCUCCUAAUGCAGCCCCUCGAAACCCCCAAGGGCUUGGAGGAGAUGUCACUUGGGAGCCGUUUCUAUAAUUACAACUCUCCCAGGAAUGCAGUGUCGAAGCAGAUUUGUCUCUUUUACGAGUGGUUCUAGUCAUCAGGAUUAUUUCACGCCUCCUCUCUCUCCCACCCCCCAGCGCCUUAUAAUCCGGGCUGUCAUCUCCCUCUACAGACAUAUUCUCUCACCCCAUCCGUAAUGGUGAAAUUCUUGCCAAUGGGCAUUUGCUUUGACAUGAAAACAUUUUGGGGAAGAGCCUCCAUUCCUCUGUCACUUUUUGAGUUCUGGGUUAGGGGUCUGUGCCUCUUCUCCUGGAAGUGGUGCUAGAGAAAUUGAGGGAUCGGGCUACUGGAUGUCUGCUCUCAUUUACCAGUCGUAAUUCCCGCUUUGGAGCUGGGAAUUUAAGAGUCCCAAUGCCAUGUAUAGAGCAAAAUCCAUUGGUUUUAUCCUCUGGGUAGGAUUGACACUAUCUACGACUAGAACAAAACACCAGUUUGCUUGAGGCAAUGGGUAGCUCUUUUUGAUCGCACUGAAUUCAUUCAUUUGAGACUCUCAGAAAUUUGGCAGUCUUUUCUCUGAGUGGGCCUUACUCAUUUUCCAGCACAGGAUCCUUCUGGUGUGCAGGAGCAGGUGAAAAUGUCAUUGUUUCCCAAAAGUCAGUUGUACUACACUUAGCUAAGCUUUAAUAAAGAGUGUUGUAUAGGAUAUAAACCCAGUAAUCUGUCCUGCUCUGUGUUAUCAUAGGUUGUGUUAUAUUACGAUGGUAGUCUAUUAGGGACCUUACUUUUUUCUCUUCUUUCUUGAUUGGGUAACCUGUUAGGGUGCAUUGGAUCCUUCUGUAGUCCCAAGCUUUCAGCUGAAUGGCUUUUGGUUUCAUUGCAGCUACCCAAUUUAGUAAUUUUAUGUGGAAGUGCUGCAGAACCAAGCACCCCCCCCCCCCAGUUAUCUGACUGGAGUUUAAGCACAUGGUUUGAGUUCUAAGUUUGGGCGUGAGAAAUUUUGUUCAAAUCCCUGGCUUAGUCAUGAAGAUCACUGGGUGGCUUUGAGUUUCUAUCCCAUCUCGCUGUCCCUUUUCCCUUCUGUAUAGGUUUAUAUUGAUGAUCAACUGGGAUUGCCCGUGUUGAGAUUUUUGGAAAUGGGAAAAUGCGUAUGUGGGAAUAGAAAGUGAAUAAAUAAUUACCCACAAGGACCAGUACUUGUGGCAUUUGUGUUAACCCAAAAUAGGUUUAACAGUGAAGUUGUCAGCAGAAAAUGAACAUCCAUUCAUAGAAGAAGAGGAAAUUUGGAGGAUAUAAUCACCAAUAUCUAUUCUAGCAAUGGGAAGGAAGCAACGUUCAAAGCAUAUGGGAUGGGUGAUCAUUACUUUUCCAGUUUAGGGAGAGAAUUUGGGGUCUAGUGGAGAAACUGGAUUUCUGUGUUCACUUCUGGAGUCCUGGCUGUUGUAUCAUUCUGGCGGAUUAGCAGCCACAUUGUUCCUUUUUGUGAAUCAUUUAAACAGAGGAGAAAAAUGUUUAUGUACUUUGUGUUUCUCAAAGACCCCGUGGGAUUGGAAGCAUUUUCUCAUAUAUACACAUGCCUAUAUAAAAGGGUGGGGGGAGGUGAUGAUUUCAUUAAUUAAUCAAUCAAUCAGCAUCAUGUUUGGAAAAGGCUUGGGGAUGCUUGGAUGAAAGGCAUGCGCCAAGGCAUGCAGAAGGCUGCUCUCAUUAGGGAGAAAUGCCGCGCUGUUCUGAGCUGCCUUGUUAUGAAAGACACACAAUGUCUUAAUCGUUUUCUUCGAAGGGCAGGUCCCUUCCUUGAGGGCUAGAGCCUGAUCCGUGCCAAAGAGCAGAAACGCCUCCCCUCUGAGUUUGGGGCCUGGUUGUUUUGGGGCUCAGAGUGAGCCUUGCAUUUGGCACAGACUCUGACACCGGCUCUUCCUGGGAGCCCUUGAGCCAGUCCCUUCCCUCUUGAUAAAUAAUAUGCAAGGUAACUGUCUCACUCAGGCUCCUGUACGUGGGUGCAAGGAAGGAGUCAUCUCUUGGAAUGGGUUUUGGGGGAAGUGAGCGCUUCCUAACACCCUGAGCCACACAUCCCUCUGCACAUGAGUGAUCUUGCAAAUUCUGCUAUCAGUGGAUACUAGAUUUCUGGUUGUGAUGUUAGAUUUCAAAAGGAAAUACUACUGAUCAAGAGGUUGUGGUUAGAAGGGGCACAGACACAAAGUAGAAACAGGGCAUGUUUUAACAGUGCAGCGGACUGGCCUCAUAAUUAUUAGAGUGUCAUGCCCAGUUAAAGCUGGUGGGGACACCUAGGAUACAGUCACUUCCCUCCUGGGAGUGUGAAUUGAUAAGAAUAAGUGCAUUGCUCAUUUUUGUUUAGCCUUAGUCCUGUUCUCUCUUGGAUAUCAGAUUACCAUGCUACAUUUGGGUGGGUGGGGGCACAUAGGAGGUACAACCAGUGAAAUAAGGGAAUAAUGAAUGGAUUAUAGUAGCCUUUUCCAGUCUUUUGUUUGGGACCACAACUCCCAUAAUUCCAUGUUGGUGGGGGCUGAUGGAUCCAAUAAUGACAGGAGGACAAACUUAGUUUUCCUAUGCGCUUUCCGGGCACUGCCUGCUCUUUAAAUCUCUGUGUCUGAGCAUUUUCUUUUUGCUCUUGAGGUUUCCCCAUGGAAACCUGCUCUUUACGGCUGAAUUGGAGCAAACGGCAGUCCACUGAAAACACAAAUUGACGUUUGUUGUGCAUUGGUUUUAAAGAGUGGGUUUUUGCAGGGAAAGAAGAGCUCUUGGAUAUGGAGCGCUAAAGUUUGGGCCUGUGCCUGGAAAACAUGGGGCAAAAGGUAAGUGUGGAUAAGCCCCUGGUUGAAGGGAGGCCUUCUCUGAGAGCACAUCCAGUCUGGGUGCUUGAAAAUAGUCAAAUGCACCUGAUUCAGAUUAAAACGUGGAUACUUUUUAAAAAUUGUUACUUGCUGUCAUUUGCCUUGGGAACAGGGUGAAUUGUCCUGUCUUUGCCCACUUUUUCUUUUUCCUGGUAGGGUUUUUCUGCCAUGCCAGCAGAGGCGGUGAAAAGCAGAAAUGCCUCAGAACUUUUGCUUGCGAUGGCAGCGCUGUGCUGGGAAUUCACCUGCUGCAUUUCUGCCUUUUGCCACACAGGUGUUGAAGGUAGAAAAUAAUUUGGCAUCUCUGCCAGCCGUUACAGUCUGCAGCCCAGAGGCAAUGAUCAAGGCUUGGGAGCCUACAUGUUGCUAGAGCUUGUGAGGGAGGUGGUGGUGGGGAAGACCUUCUCCUAAACACCUCGAGGGUCUAGCAUCCAGGUAGGAGAAUCUACUGUCUCGGAUGAGUACAGGUGGUCAAAUCACAUGUUCUCAAACAAACUUCUGAUUUUGUUUUGUGAUGAUGCUGGAACAUUUCUCAUUUAUUUUGAAUUGUGGGGAAGCUACGGCACCUGUUUGAACUUUAGGUCACCUCAAGAAGUGGAAGACUCAGGCUUGUCUGUGCAUAAUUAGCCUGGAAAAGAGGAGACUGAAAGGAGAUAGGAUAGCCAUCUUCCAGUAUCUUCUUGUUUUCUCAUCUUCUUGUUUUCUCUUGCUCCGGAGGGUAGGACUCGAACCAAUGGAUUCAAGUUAUAAGAAAGGAAAUUCUGCCUAAACAUCAGGAAAAACCUUGUGACAGUAAGAGCUGUUUGACAAUGGAAUGGUCUCCCUUGGGAAGUGUGGACUCUCCUUCCUUGGAGGUUUUUAAGCAGAGGUCAGAUGGCCACCUGCCAUGGAUGUUUUACUUGAGAUUCCUGCAUUGCAGGGGGUUGGACUAGAUGAUCCUCAGGGAUCCCUUCCAACUCCACGAUUCUAUGAUUCUGUACCUUUAAAGCACAUUGGAAACACAUUUUCCACCCUUUAGGCUUUUGGGUACUGUAGUUUAUCUCUCCAGUAAUCCUUAAGAAACUACAGUGCCCAAAUUUCCUUGUGGGAGGAAAUGUCAUUUGAAUGUACUUGAAGCGCGUAAUGUGCACUCAGCCUCCUGUUUCUUAAGGUUACCUCAGUUCAAACAGGUAUUAUGGCUCCCUCUCUCCUUCCCCCAUUUCGGGAUAAAUGGGAAAUGUUCCUCAUUUCAUCAUUGUGUGCUACUAUCUGCCUCCUGAUUGAAUCUCCCCCCAUCACAAAACAUUUGUGUUGAGAGUCUGGGGAAGGGUUAAUAAUUAUAUAUACUUCCUUCCCCCCUCCCGUCUCCAUUUUGCUUUGUUUUGUUUGUAAUAGUUAUUUUUGGGUUAGUUUUUUUCUCUCCACCCCCUACUGCCACCCCUCCAAAAAAUAUAAUUUAUUACAGUUGGAACUUGUAUUAAUUAAAGCAGUAGCAACCACAGCCUGUGACCUGCGGGCCUUUCACUGUGAAAUCGUGUUUCAACUCAUUUAGUGCUAUAGAGUGAGAGGGUGGGGGGAGCACAGGUCAAUCAGAUUCAAAGAGCAGACAUGGUAAACUGCCCUUCUCGACACUUCCAUCUUUCCUCUCCCCAAACUCUGUGGGUCUUUUUGCCGGGAUCCACCCCACCCCCAAUAAAAGUCCUUGUGCUUUUUGGGCCAGACAAGAACAUGUGCAUGUGGUGUGUGUGUUGUAAUGUCUAUUUGGGGAGGGAGAAUGAAGAAAGGGGGAUUAAGGAAGUCUUGCUUCUGCGGGGGUGGGGAUGAUCUCCGCAGGGGCGUAGGAGCGAUGUCAGUGUAUGUCGGUUAUUUGGAUGGCAGGAUGUGAGGGGGAGGAAAGGACACCGGUUCGGGUGAGACUUGGAUAGCACAAGAAACUUGCCUGCCAAAUGGGAUAAAUGAAAAAGCCUACAGUCAGUUCCUAAGAUUGACAGACACUUGCUUCUCAACACUAAAACAGUGGAAGGAUGCUUAAGGCUAGGGUAGGUGGGGAAUGAUAGUGGCAGUGGCGGAUCUUGGGGUCUCAAGGUUCAGCAGCACCCCAUGUGAUACUAAAAUUCAGCACCCCUCAACCUCUUGCCCUUCAUUCUAAAUCAUAUUUGAGAUGCCCCCUGGGGCCCGGAGGCUCUGUACCCAGUGCGAUUGAACCAGUCUCGCUCCCCUCUAUCAGACAGUGGGUUGGGCUCUCAGAAUCCAACCCAACCAUCCCUUGGCCAUCAUGAGCCACCCCAAGUGAGUGGAAUGGGUUCUGUUCAAUGAAGAUAUCAAGGCAGCGUCUGCUUGACACUCUCCACCAGGAUGUAGCUGCAAAGGGAGCGAGAAGGCCUGUUGCAUUUACCGGUAAUCCAUGGGGAAUUUGCCAAUGUGAAGGUCUGGAAAAAUGCAUUUCAGAUCUAUUAUAAGAAACACUUAGAGGAGAACUGAGGCACAGUGGCAUGUAAGGCAAACCACUGGGUGGGGGCGGGGGGGGGUGCGAGAGAGAGAAUUGGUUAUGUACAUGCAAGGAUUAAUGUCUACAGAGUGUGUUUCUGCUUAGUGUCUGCUAAUGCAAUUGUAUGGGUAGAACAGACAAUGUGAUGGACUUGUUGUCGGCAUCCCUCUGUCUUGAGAGACAAUGGAUUGUGUCUCCAGGGGGGUGAAGCCAGGGGGCAAGCAGCACUGAAGUGACCUUCCUGGGCCACAAGCCUGGGUAGUGUGUAGGGAGGUCCUAGGCUGCCCAGACAACAAGACCCACUCACUGAUGUGGCCCAAUGGAAAGCAGAGCAAUAUGUUUGGCACCAGCUUGGCUGCAGGAGUUGCCAGUAAGGAGGCAUACAGUAUGUAUAUGUGUGUGUAUUUUAUGUGGGUGAGGUGUGUGUGUGUGUGCAAGCAAGCAGUGUUGGACUGUGGUUGUAUGGGUGUAAAAGGGAGUAUGGUGAGUGAGGAGCUUGAGUUCACGAUUCUAACAGGUCUUCUCGAAUGCACCUACUUUCUGAUCUUGUGUUUGCUCUUACAGUGUUCUGCGGUUCCCACAUUACAGAUGUGUUAAAGGGCCAGAGGGUCCAGUGAUGCCCAAGAGCCAGUGUGGUGUAGUGAUUAGAGUGUCUUACUAGGAUAUGAGAGACCAGGGUUCAGAUCCCUACUUGUCCAUGAAGCUCACUGGGUGACCUUGGGCCAGUCACUGCUGCUCAGCCUUCACAGGGUUGUUGUGGGGAUUAAAUGAGGAAGGGGAGAACCUUGUACAAGGACUAGCGCUCCAUGGAAAAAAGGUGCGAUAUAAAUGCAUGAAAUAAGUAAUAUACAGAGCUGGUGAUAGAGAUGAGACUUGAACCUGGGGCCCAUGGAUCGAAGUACAAAUUUCUUUCCACUAGACAAAUUGGAUGAUCUUUUUAUUACUUUGGGGUGGGGAAAUAUGGAGUGGAACGUUCCCUGAGUAAUAUUCUCUGUGGGGUGCUACAUGCAGCCAGGAGUAGGAGCUGGAAGAGGCAUAAACUGCCCCAAUAUAUUUGCAAAACUAGUGACUGUUCUUAAGCAUGGUCAGAUGCAAAUAAGGUCCAUGGAUUUCAGAUUCUUUCAUAGAAUCUUAGAAUUCUAGAGUUAGAAGGGACCACAAGGAUCAUCUGGUCUAACCCCCUUCAAUGCAGGAAUCUUUGCAUAGAUACAUAUAAGAUUGUAGUCAAAGUGUGGAUUGGUUUCCAGGGGACAACUAGUAAUUAUCCCAGGUUUUUCACAGUUCCCAUGGCAAGAGGGUAAGCCUACAUGGAUGAAGUACAGAUUCCAACCUGUGUUAAUGAUUGUCUCAGUACAGAAGCAGAGGAUGUUAGCUUUUCCCAAUUAGUUAAACAAGGGUGUGAUCCUGUGUACAUGGCGUCUGAUGCCUGGUAAUCAGAUUUCAACACUAUCUGGAUGUGUUGGGGUGACAUAUUGCAGAUUUGCUACUGCAUUUCCUUUUUAUAAGACAGGAGGGUGGAGCUUAUUUCGUGUGUGGUCCCGGGUAAAGUAUGAAGUCAACCAUUUGCCUUUUCUUGGCAGCUUAGCCUCAGGUCUCCUUAAGUCGCAGUGCACUGGUUUGAUAUAUGCUGAAUCUUGACUGUUGCAAUAAAUGAGACCUGACUGUGUCUGAAGAAAAACGUCAUUGGGCUGCUGUUAAAAAUCUCGAACGGGUCAAAAGGUACCUGCUUUUCUAUUUGGUGCCUGCUGUUCUGUGAGAGUGACACACCUAUGAUACCUGGUAGACCAACAGCAUGGGGGAUGCUUCACCUGCAUAUCCUUAACAGUGCUUACAAAUCAAGGAAGAGGUGGGGAAGGGUUGAAGGAAUGUUAGGUUGUUUAGCACCACCGUAGGCAUUGGAAUCAUAUAAAAAAAGAGCAAUCCUGUACUUCAGCUUUGCUGGCUGCUAAGACAUAGGAUUUGGCAGAACUCCUGCUGUGCUGACAAAACAGGAGCUACAUUGACAGAGCACUGCAAAUCUGCUCUGCCAGUGAGACCGUGCUGGUAGAAGUACUGAAACAGGGGAGUUGUGGGCUGGAUGGGGUUGGCACAGGGGAGGAGCAAACUUGAACUGUCGCCUCAAGACCAUGAUCACACCCCUAUUGAUGGUGCAACCUUACACCCCACAGACCUGGAGUAAGAAAUCUCCUUCCUAUUAACUAAUGGGAGGGGUUUUUGGUUUCUGUUUUUUAAGCUGCCCAGAUACUCAUGGCCACCCCAUCAUGUUGUCACAGUGGAGCAUGGGAUAUGGAUAUAUGCCACAGCAAGUACAGUGGUACCUUUGGAUAUGCACACCUCUGGUUGCGUAUCCUUCAGGAUGCAAAUGCGGCAAACCUGGAAGUAUUUUUCCAGGUUUUGCCGCAUGCGCAGAAGCGCUCUACCACGACAUGUGCAGAAGUGGCACCUCCGGUUGUGAAUUCCUUGGGAUCUGACCGGAGCUCCGGAACGGAUCCUGUGCGCAACCAGAGGUAUUACUAUAUAUAAACCUCGCACAAAGAGACCACAACUCUGAUGAUAGGAUGUGUGUCCCUAUGAUAGAAUUUGUCCCUAUGCCAUAGACAUUUAAAGCCCACAAGGGGGAACGCUCGUGAGUGGAAGCUCUGGAAAAAGGGCGCUUGAUGCACAAAGGGAGCAUUUUGCACUAAACAACCCACCUCCAGAACAUGCUUCGGAACUUGAGCGCAUUGCGAACGGGUCUUUGCUUAGAACGCUCACAGGCACCUCAUCUUGGGACUUCAGACACCAACUUCCAGCACAUGGGUGUAGCUGGGGUGGGGUGGGGUGCAGCUGUCUCCCCAAAUCAAGUAAAUAAAUAAAAAUACUGAACCAACUGACCAAUUACAUCAGAGAUAAUUUGGUACCCCCCCACCUAACAUAAUGCCCGCCCCCCCUAAAAUAAACCCUGGCUACGCCCAUGACCCAACAGUGACUUCUGCACCUGGGGAGGCCAGGAGACAGCAGUCCACACAGGUAAACACAGGGAAAGGGGAUCAGGUGCUUUAACAGAUAACUACUGCAACUGCCUCUCAUAUAUCUGAGCUCUAUUGCUGUUCUUCCCCAACAGUGAGGGGUGAUGUUUCCCCCAUACAGGGAAAAUGGCCACCCCCAUAUGCAGAUAAGCCCACUGUUGACAAAGGCGAGACUGUUAGGAUAUUUCCGUUCCACCUUAAAAAGGGGACAGGCUGUUGUGAGUCACAGCCUACGUAUUUCCUGCUCACAGGAAGUUUCUGUUUGUCUAUUGCUUUCGUUUCUCUCUGUGUGCCUGAGACAUCGAAGCAGGCAGUCAUGUUUUCUCUUUGUUCUGACCAACGCUGAAUAAAGUUAUAAAUAUGCUCUCCUGAGUGCAUCUUUCGCUGUGCGAACUCUGCUGAUAAGAGCGUGCACCAGCUCUGGAAUGUGGCAAGCUAUUUCUGGAAGCUCGUGUCGCUAAUUGACUGAUACUGUAUCUACGGGAGAUCGAUGGAUUGUCCGGAAUCGACGUGGGGUCAUGAUGGCCUUUGUCUCCCUGGCAGUAUCCCAACAGAGACACUCUACCCAACCAAUGCCACUGCUGUUUCCAGGGAUGCUAAGAGCAUGACAGCUUUUCUUAUGCUGUUCCGCAAUUUUCUGCAUUUGUAUAUUUCCCUGGCCUUGGCAAGUCUAGGACGGGGGCUAUUCUGCUCUCAAAGUAGCAGCAGCAUAUCUCCCGCUCCCGUGUACCUUCACAGGAGGCGUCUUCACAGGAGGAAAGCAUGACUUCAUUAGCUGAGGGAAAAUAAAGGAUUGGCAGCUGGUUGGAAGUGGGGUACUCUCCAUCAUGCAGAGGACACACCUGUGCAGUGAAUGGGAAACUAAGGUGGUGUACACAUUAGUGGCAUAAAACUCAGCUAUGCCGUUCCUUUUCCUCAGUUCAUAAUGAAGCUGGCAUGAUGGGAAGAUGCAUCUAAAGGUAACAUUUUCAUAAGAAACAAAAGGAUAGAUACAGGAUAGAUGGUGGAUUGUAACUAAUGCCAUUUGUGUACUGCUUCCCAAAUCAGCAGUGGGAGAGUGCUGGAUCCAGAAUAAACAGAAGUGUGAUCUACAGCCCAAAGGCUUAUCCACACUUGCCUUUCCUCUGCUCUUUCCAGGCACUGUCCAUGAUUUAAAGCUCCGUGUUCAAGCUCCUCUUCCCUCCCCCCAAAAAACUUUUUCCAUAGAAACCCACUCUUUAGAGCUCAGUUGAAGCAAACGUCAAUCCACGGAAAACCUGAAUUGACAAUUGCUCCAGUCUAGCUUGAAAGAGUGGGUUUUCAUGCAGGAAACCUGGGAAUGGGGGAACACACACUUGGAUAUUAUGGCGUGUUAAAGCACAGACCUGUGCCUGGAAAGAGCAGGGCAAAAGGUAAGUGUGGAUAAACAUGAGUUGUGACUUGCAAAGGUUUCCAUAGCUAAACCUGAGAAUGUUAUGGUUGCUGACGAGGCUGAGAAUUAUUUUAGAUGGUGACUGUGCCAGGUUUGAAGGGCUGCUGGGCAAGAUGCCCUUAGGGGACAGGGUGUCCCACUGAUGAUGCUUUUUUAGCCCCUCCCACCAUUAUCACAACCCCCCACCCCUACCCUGCCACCAUCCCUGUCUGUCUUGUCUGACGCUUCUUUCCCUUCUGCCUUGGUCACUCAUUCUACAAGUGUUGGUGGCAGAAAGGCUGAUACUAACUAGCCCACUUACUAAAGCAGGCAUGGGUAAUCACUGGCCUCUAGGCCAAAUGGGACCACCAGAGGUCCUAAUUUGGCCUGCAAGGGGCAUUUUUGUCCAUACAGUCACUCAGCAAACCCAGACCUGCUUAGCUUCAGCAAGGUGGUGGGUUCAUGUAUCUUCUGACCAUACCCUGGGACAAAGCAAGUGGAGGGCUCUGCUCUCUCUCCUUCCACUCGCCAUUGCUUGGAUGCGCAGAGAAGGCAGGUGAGCAGGCUGCCCCAGUGAAAGGAGGAGGACUAGGAGGUUCUAGAGAGUGGACAAGUAUAUGGGCUUCAGCAGAUGUCCAUUGAAACCUACUACUCCUGACACCAGCCCUGAGUUGAGUUCAGAUGCGCCCAGGUGACCUUUGUAUGCAGAGAGCUGCCAGGUAAGCACUAAGGUGUUAUGGUGAUAGGAGAAACUUGAGCUGCCAAUUGUCUGACUGCCAAUAGAGUUUUCUGAAGGUGUGGGGAACCUUUUGAGGUCAGGUAUUGGUACAGCUGCCAGAUUCAGCAGAACAGGUGUGGGGAACCUUUGGCCCUCAGACUACAUCUCCCAUCAUCCUUGGCCAUUGGCCUUGCUGGCUGGGGCUGAUGGGAGAUGUAGUUCAGCAACAUCUGUAGGUCCACAGGCUCCCGAUACGUGGAGUUUAAGGAAGAGUACAAAGGUGGAAACCUCCCUCUUACACAACUAUUAAAUGCACAGCAGCCCAGUCCUCUGCAGAAGCUGGUAGCCCUGACCUCAGCACCAAGAGAAUGGUGGCAGGGUGUGGAAAAAUGCUCUACAGGAAUCUGGGAUCGUCACUCAUCUUUACGCAACUCAUGCUCACCAUCUUGCUAUGCUUUUGCUGCUACAUGGUUAGAAAAGUGACACAGAAUCUCCCAGACAGCUGCCACCUGCAUUAUGCAGAUUGUGGGUGGCUGGCAAUUUUUAUCAUAUGUAUGAGCUUAUUCUCUAAGACAGGCUUGCAUGGCUUGUGCUAGCCUUGUCUCGGCUAAACAGAAAUGGUGUAGUCCUGAUCUAAAACAGAUGAUUUGUAGACAAAUAUGAGUGAUGGCCGUGAUCUGAGCAAGAGGAAAUUCUCCGGCUGGGAGAACAGGCCAGUUUCUAUUGCUGAUGUGAAACCCAUGACCCAGCUGGUGUGGAGAACUCAGUACCUCACUCCUCCACCUUUGAUCAAGCACUGUCAUUAGUGAGUUAUAAGCACCUUUUGCAUCUCCCCUCAAAUUGAGUCAUUAGAGGCUCGAGUCGGGAGUCCCUGUUUUUUAAAACCGCCAAAGGGAGCACUUUGCCGUGUAAUUAAAGCCUUCUUGUCUAUUAACCUGCGUCUCUCUCGCUCCCUCUGUUCACCUGGACUGGUAACUCGCUAGGCUGUUCACAGAUCGAGGUGGUUGUGGGAGGGCUGGGAAUAUUGAGACACAGGAGCAUGGGCUGGUUCUCUCCCCCUUUGACAAAUCAUAAACGAGGAUCUGAAUCAAACUGCAAAGCUGAUUGCUGUGUUGACAAGAAAAAAGCAGAGAGUUAUUUAUAGGAAACAAUAUCCUGGCACUGUGUAUGUCACAGUAAAUGUACAGUACAGUUCUUAACUUAUAAAGUCCUGGACAACUUAGGACCAGGUGAUCUGAAAAAAUGCCUUUCCCCAUACUGAGCUGCCCAUUCACUGAGAUCUUUGGAGGGCCCCCUGUUAGCUAUGCUGCAACCUACAGAAGCUCAUCUCUCAGCAACUUGGAGGAGGGCCUUCUCCAUGGUGGCCCCUAGUCUGUGAAAUGAACUCCCCACCAAGAUAUGGAAGGCACCUGCUGUGGUGAGCUUCUGCCAGCUGUUAAAAAUCUGUUUACUUAAGUUUUCUCUCAUCUCUAUAAACAGUUGAACAGUUCAUGGCUACUGUAUUCAAUAUGUGUUAUUUUUAUAGGAUUGUUUCUAUUACGUACGGAAUUGUUUUUUGAAUUAUUGAUUUAUUAUAUUUGUUUGUCACUUUUCUCACAGAGGGACCCAAAGCAACUUACAUAAAAACCAGAUAAGGACAUCCAAUGGGGAAAAAAAUCUAAAAACACAACUAAAUGAAUUUGCAUGGAAUUAUUUUAUUGUACACCAUCUUGAUGUUAUUUUAAUGGAAGGCAAUAUAGAAAUAUUUUAAAGAAAUAAAUACAGUCCAAAAUGCAGAGAUCAUGGACAAUUCUGAGGGAACACCUUCCAGUUCAUAGAAUCACAGAAUUGGAAGGAACCACAAGGGUCAUCUAGUCCAACCUCCUUCAAUGCAGGAAUCUUUUGCCCGGUAUGGGGUGCAAACCCACAAUGCUGAGAUUAAAAGUCUCAUGCUUUACUGACUGAGCUAUCUGAAACAUCUGUAGCUAUUAAACAUCUAAGUCAUCAAAUUAGAAGAACAUAAAUGAAAGUUCUGCCUGAUACAGACAUCUAAUAAGAUUCCCUUCUGUGCAACAUGGAAAUGCCCCUGAGACACUCACCUGGUGCCAAGUUUGCUUUCAGUCUGCUGCCAGGCACAAACAUUUUUUUUUUUGUCUGGACUUUUAAUAAGAAAUAGUAACUUGCUGUAUGAUAUUUAUAACUCUUUUGUUUAAUAUUUAUGCUGCCUUUUUUUUUUACUCAUCCCAUAUUGUGUGAAUAUGGCAAAUUAUGGGCAAAUUAUGCCUGAGAAUUCUGAUUUAGACCUUAGCAUUUGGACAAUAACCUAAUGGAUAAUUGCCAGCAACAUUCAACACAAGUGGUUUGGGAAUCUGGUCUUUAGAUAAAUUCAGCUUGCUUUCCUUUCUUUCUUUCUUUCUUAAAAAAGAGGUAAAUAUGUAGUUAUCUAGCUUUUAUGAUAACAAAACUUCAAAACUGGGCGGCUGUGCAAGGCUUCCAGUGAUGAUGGUGGACUCGUUCAAUUUGCUUAUGGAAGUUAAGAAGUAAAGAGUUCUUAACUAUGUUAACUCUAUUUUAACUCUGUUGGUUAUCUUUGUAGCCCUUUCUAUAUUGACCCAGAGUACUUGUCUGGAAUUCAGCAUAGUGCUAAGUGGGGUAUGCUUCCGGAGAAUGAGGUCCACUCACAUAAUGACACUUUUUCACCAUUUGCUGAUUUAGGGCAUUGGGGGUGGGGUGAGGGUGGGGGAGUCCCAUUGCAGGAACAGGCCUCAUUACACACAUGCAACAACUUAGUUGAAUCAUGCCCUUUGUCUCAAAAAGGUAGAAACUUAUAUGGAUUACUUUCUUCCUUUCAUUUUGUAAGGAUUACUUUCUAAAAACUCAGGGUAAAAGAAUAUUCAUAAGGGGCAAGGAAAAGUCUGUUUAUAGAAUGCAAAUACCAAACAAGGUAGUUCAGUAGGGUAUUUUCCAUAAAAAAUGCACUAUACACUGGAAACUUCAUAACCAACAUGGAAGCAGUUUGGCUAGUGAAAUACAAAUUGAACAUACUUAUGUAGCUUCAACCUGGGAUGUUCUAGCUCUAAGAACAAUCACGAUUUGGAAGCAGCUUUCAAGGGAGAUUGCAAAGUUUCCCUUGCUAAAAGGUUUCCUUUUUUCCUCUGCAGUUUGCAGUAUCAGCUCCAGAGAUAGUUGCAGCAGUGGGUGUUGCCCAUCCUGGAUGUUGACAUUCGCUUUCUAAGAAAAAAUGUUAGCUUUUAAGGUCACUUUGGUGCCACGUGGUGAUGGCACCACUGACUUGUCUGUUUUCUUCCCAGCUCCUUAUCCAAUGAGAUUCUGGGCCUGAAGUUGCCAUUGGAACCCGUGCUUAAUGCCAACACGGUGUGCCUGACCUUGCCUGGUCUGACACGGCGACAACUGGAGGUGUGCGUGCGGAAUCCUGACGUGACGGCUUCUGCCAUUCAAGGCAUCCAGAUCGCCAUCCACGAGUGCCAACACCAGUUCCGCGAUCAGCGCUGGAAUUGCUCGAGCCUGGAGACCAAGAACAAGAUCCCCUAUGAAAGCAUCAUCUUCAGCAGAGGUUAGAGUUCUCUUCCUGCCAUUGGCUCUGUGAAAGCUCUGAGCAGGCAAAAGUGAUCACAUCCUUGUGGGCGCUUGGCUGGCUAAAAAUCUGAGAGCAAUGAAAGAAAUGAUGGAAUGGGGAUUUGUUGAAUCUGGUACCAUGUUUCUGGGUUUUAAGGCAAGCUCAUGAACACCUGUGAUACAGAGGUUUCCACAUGUGCUUUAUUGUGAAAUGGAAAUCUGAUAGUUUGAUCACAUUGAAAAAUAAUCUUUUAGAUUUGGACAGAGGUGGGCUGACAUCUGUUUGUUUGUUUGUUUGACUACAAUUUAAUGGUUGGAUUUACAAUUCAGGGGUGUGUUCUUGGGAACUAUCUGUUUACAUUAAACUGAAUUGGUCUUGUGGAUGUUCUUCUGUUUCUGAACCUGCCUUGCUGGAUUUCAUCAAGGUUCAGCAUCCUUUGCAAGAAUCCCAGCUGCUAGAAGGCACUUGAAUAAACCAGAAUCCUGUUAUGCCACAGCAAGCUUCAAUGUGCUUGUGACAGUUUUGAGGAGCAGUGGCCCUGCCUAACUCUAGCUGAUUGGUAGAGCUAUAUGGAGGGGGAUGAGAUGAAUCAUAGAACCCUAGAGGUGUUCAGCACUAUCACUCUUUCUUUAGCCUCAAGACAUACCAAACCCAUUCUUAGCUACAAAGCAAUAUGAAAGCUUUGUUCAGAAUAUUGCUUAGCAGAGGACAAAGGUAAGAAGACCUUAGGAAUUUCAGAUUGUUAUCAAAUGGAAAGCCCUAAGGAAAUAUUUCGCUACUAACUGAAUGAAACAAUUUCCACCCACAGGCUUUCACUAGUGGGUGGAACUUACUGCUGCAUAAUAUUAUGCAUAGUCUGAGAAUUCAAGAUUAAAAGGAGUGCAGAAGGACUAUUUGCUUUGCAUGCACACUGUUGACACUAAUCAUCCAAAGGAGGGAGACUUUGUUUGCUGUGUGCUCACCGUGUAUUGAUUCAAAAUGGUGCUUGGCAUCCAAACAUUGGCAUAAACCCCACCUCAGGAAGCCUCAUCCCGAGUUUGGCAACGUCGUCUUGAGAUGUGGCCAAAACUAUGUCACACGGAAGUCAUGUUUAGGUCCACCAUUUGAUUCAAAAUGGCAACCAGCAUCCAAACAUCAACAGUGAGCUCUACCUCCACCUCUGAAACACUUAUUCCAACUUGUUUGGUGACAAUAUCUCAAGAGGUGUCCAAUGCAUAGAAAACAAACAGACAAACCACUUCCCAAAAUAUACAGUACAGGGCUGUCCAACCAGUAGAUCGCUAUCUACCAGUAGAUCCCCGGCUGAUUCUGGCAGAUCGCAGGAUCCUUAUUGUGUACAAAAAGUUACUGGGGAAAAGCUAAAAAACUCUUUGCAAUCCUCCCCCCAAAAAGCUCAGCAACUCUGGGCAAUCCACCCUCCCCACGCACGCUCCUCCUCCCUCCAGUGACAAUGGGUAGAUCACUGCCAGGUUUUUUUUAAUACUGGGAUUAGAUCACAGUCUCUUGGGAGUUGGACAUGCCUGAUAUAGUAGAUUGGUUCUAAACUGUCAUGGCUCCCCCAAGGAAUCAUGGCAAUGUUACAUUUCUGCAGGUUCUGAUACUUGUCUCUUAGGGAUCCCUAUCCCUGAACACCCCCCGCCCCAAUUCCCCACUUUCUCUCAAAAGAAGGAACGACUGUCAGCUGAAGACUGUAACCCUAUACACAUUUAUCUGGGCUCAAGGCCUGUUGGGCUUACUUCAUAGUAAAUGUGCUAUAGGCUUGUGCUGUAAAUUCUCUAAUCCAUUGUCACUGUGCAGGCCCUGCCCCAGUCUGUUGUAAAAGCUGGGCAGCAUCCUCUAUUCUGAUUUACCCUCCCUUGUCCAGUGCCAUUGCCCUCCAGAAAGCUUAUGAAGCUAUUCCUCCUAAUGAUCAGGACCAUACAAAGCUACUAAGUUUUUGCCCUUUUCUGUUGCUUUUGCCUGAAUCGUGGAACAAGAAUUUGACUCCUCAAUCGAAAUAGAGCCUGUUUGAGGGGAAUUCCAUAAUGUUCCCUGGACCUUGACAAUGAUGUGUGUGUGCAGAGUGAUGGCAAGGGGCAGAUACACGAGUCCCUUGUCACCUGCAUUAAUGCUGCUUGUAAGGGGGAGGGUGAAUUGUGUCUCGCUGCGUCUCACCUGGGAAUUUCUGUUGCUUACGAGGAUGGUUCUUGGUAACCUAAAGUGACAGAUCCCUUGAAUCUUUCAUGCCUCUUCCCACAUCCGCUGCCAUCAGCUCAGCCAUGCGUGCUCCUCACUUUAAAUAAUUUGUAGAUCACUCCAUUCCUCCCUAUACCAGUCCCUGAUCUUUUACGCCUCAUCAUCUCUUCCAACCAAGUGAGAGAGAGAAAGAGAGGGAGGGAGGGAGAGAGAAAGCCUCAUCAGUCUCUCAAGGCUGAAGAACUGGCUGCAGAAAACCCGUCUCCUUCCAACCCUGGCUCAGCUAGGUGGACUGAACUGAAUGGAUGCCCAAGUUCUGGUAACAAGACCUUCUGAAGACUUGGUAGAAGGUAGAUGUGAAGCAGUUUUGUGGUGUGGGAACAAAGAUGUUUGAUAUAAAUGCUUGUGUCUUGCCAGAUCCAAUAAAAUAAGGGUGCAUCUUGAUUAUUAUUUCUCCCUGGUAAACUGUUGCAGAAAAAUCACAAUAGAAGCUGAUACACUGCAUACUGCACAUCAUGGAAAAAAAUUUUGGCCAUUCUUAAUGCAUUGCUUCCUGGAUCCCCAACUUCUAUUUACGCCAAGCAUUUCCUUAAUUCAACCUGUCAUGCAUACUACUUCUGGACAAAACUCUGUCUCUCUCUCUUUCUCCUUCCUUCCUUCCUUCCUUCCUUCCUUCGAUAACCCCCAAAGGGGGUGGGGGUGCUAAAUGAAGCUUCUGCAGGGCUGGUCCACCCAUGAGGCAAGGUGAAGCAACUGCCUCAGGUGGCAGAAUCCACAGGGGCAGCAGAUCCCAAUGUAGAUCUUUAUUCAGGGCUGGUCCACCCAUGAGGCAAGGUGAGGUGACUGCCUCAGAUGGCAGGAUCCACUGAGGGAGCAGAUCCCAAUGUUAGUCUUUCUUUCCCCCUUUGUUCCUGAUGUAGAUCCUCCCCUACCUCUUUUUCCCUGUUGGGAAGGGAAGCACCAUUUUGGGGGCUGCCUCAGGUGCUAAAAUGUAUUGGGCCAACCCUGAGCCUCUAAGUAUGAUCUGUGGAGGAGAAAUGGUGGACAGAGGAAGGGUUAAGCAUUCCCUCCUUCUACCAUUUCUCCAUUCUAAAUUCCACUUCCCUCAGCCUUUCUUUCUUUCUUCUUUUAAAUGGUACUGCGGCUGUUGUACAUUUGCAUGUAGCAUAUAGCUAACCUUUUACAUUCCAAUGUUUGGGGGUGAGGAAUAAAGUAUAGUUGCAUUCUGACCUCAGAUGCUAUUGUCAGCAAGAGGACCAUGUGGCCCCAAUGAAAUUUGGCCAGAUUCUUCCAGCCUGGAGAGUCACAGCUUGGAAAGUUUUGGCAGCUCUAGGGUCUGUAAUGUUAAGAAAGGUCCCCUUUAGACAGCAGCAGUGCAAUCAUAUUGGGGAAUCAUCUAAGAACAACUAAAGAAAGCUGAAUGGUGUGUGAACAAACCAGUAUGAAUCCACCAACGAAGUUAAUGUUGAAGAAUCAUUGCUUUGACACUGGUGAUCUUUGCUUCUUUCAGUACACUGACAUUAGUUCGCCUGUCUUUCCAAGUGAUGUGUACAAUUUUUGGGAGACACCAUUGAUGGAAUCUUUCGAGGAGUUGGGAGAUGGUAUUUAUAAGUGGUCCAUGUUUUGCAAGUGUACAGUAAAGUUGGUAGUACAAUGGCUUUCUAAACAAGCAUUUUGGUUUCCCUGUGAAUGUCCCGGUCCUCAAACACGCUGCGCUUCAAUUGGAUAAAAGCCUUUACCAAAGGUGUUGUGGACUUUGAAGAAACACAAACUCAGGGCGAAAAGGAGAAACGAGCUAAGAGGAAGGCACUUUUGGCAAACCCUCACCGUGAUCAACUCCCACAUGGAAACCUAUGUCCCCACGGUGGAAGGAUGUGUGGAUCCAGAAUUGGCCUCCACAGUCACGGACUCACUGUUAAGACUGUUUUCAUGAAAGACAAUCUUACUCAGCUAUGAGUGAUCUCCAAAGAGAAAGAAAGAGAUGAAUCUACCACUAAUGUACUGUUAUUGUGCCAAUGGUAUGUUGCAGAAAACCACCAGUCUAGUGGGUCCCUCACGUUCUACGUCUUUUGGUGCACAUCACUUGGCAUGAUAUUGAAGAUCAUUAGCUGGACAUGGGUUUGACACAAGCUUAGUCGGGAUAGUGAAAGAAUGGAUUCCCUCGUAUGUGGGAGUAGACGACAGGAAGAUCAGUCAAAAUAUUCUGCUCUCUUUCUCCCUGUCUACCUUAGAUUUGUCAGUUAUUCAACUGUAUAAUGUUUGUUUUUAGGAAGGCCAUGAGGAGAUGAAUAAUCCUCCUAUUGCUUUCUUCCUUUUCCCCAGCCUGGGGGAGCUUAUGAUUAAUUCUCCUCCUCUUAACAUUUCUACCUUUUCUCAUAAGAAACUAACAAUUUCCAGCUCCCAGCUAUACUUCUAUCUGAUUAAGGUACUUAAAACAUUACUGCUAUUAAAUCCUGUCCAGAGAAUCUGUUUAAUAGUUCCUUGAUUUCUUGGGCUCUUGCCAGUGCCAGUUUAAAUGUUACAUUACUCUCUACAGAGCAGGAUCCCAGCCAACCAAGGCCUUCUUUGCAACAUCCUAAAUUUUGAAUCUUCCCAAAGCGCCCACCAGCUGCCUGCAAAUGGGAUUAGGCUCCCUCAAAAUUCUCUGAAAAUCAGGACAUGGUGGCUGUUACCACACAACUUAGGAGCAGUGGCUAUCUUUCCAAGCCCAGUGUAGCUGUGGAAGUUGGUAAUAAAGCCAGUGCACUGACAAUCACAAUGCUUUCUGGGAGACACAAAGAUAGGACAUGGUAGAAUGGAAGAGUUUGUAACAUGCAAUGUGUGCUUAUGAGACCUUUCCUGUGUGGCAUGGAAGCAAGUGUAAAAGGAUGCGCAAGUGAGUGACACUCACUCACAAAUGUAUCUUCACACAAGACAAUAGAACCAUAGAAUAUGCACAACCCACUUGUAUAUAUCUUGUUAGCACCUCAUUUUCACAUGCAAACCAACCUUUGUUGGGGGGGUGUCAUUUGUCUGUGUCCAUCUUUGUUAAAACUGUCAGGUCAAAAAGAGUGCCAUUAGGCUGAGUUGAGGGGCUCCCAAAAUAUGUUUCAGCACAGGGCUUGUCCUUGAUUCUCAUUGUUAGGCUAUUCCCCCCUGAGCUCUUUUGCAGUCUUAUAAUGUUAAAACUUCUACCUAGCCAUGGAUCCAGAAUUCACUGGUUCUCAGCCUCAAUGCCUUAUCUGUAAAAUGGGUUGAUUAUGACUUACAUAUAUCUCAAGUUUGUUAUGAUGCGAAAGAAAUUGACCAUUAGCAGUGUUUAGGCAUAUACAGUGGUACCUCAGGUUACAGACGCUUCAGGUUACAGACACUUUGGUUACAGACUCCACUAACCCAGAAAUAGUACCUCGUGUUAAGAACAUUGCUUCAGGAUGAGAACAGAAAUCGUGUGGUGGUGGCAGCAGGAGGCCUCAAUAGCUAAAGUGGUACCUCAGGUUAAGAACAGACCUCCAGAACGAAUUAAGUUCUUAACCCGAGGUACCACUGUAUAGAUAACAGUGGGUGGGAUUCACCUAAGCAGCUGCAUCAGCUUGCAUAAUGGGACUCCCCUCCCCCUGCAUGCCCCCAAGGCCCCUGAAAUUGGCUUGGAGAAAGGGCAUGCUGAGGGAGGAGAGGGGAACGCUUUUGCAGAUGGAAAAAUUGGAAGAGCAACAUUGAAUUCCACCUAGGAAGUCCUGCAAAGAGGAGGCUGUCUCUUACCUCCCUAGCACAGCCCUCUGCAGCUAGAGCGAUCAAGGUCUCAGGGGCUGCUUUGGAAGAUGGAGGGAGGCAAGUUAAGAUCCGCAGCAGAGAGCUCAAGGUCUGGCGUGUUGCCAGUCCCUGGCGGGUUCACCUGCAGUUUAAUUAGGGAACGAGGGAGAUGGGGCAGAGGAGAGGGAAAGGGAGGCAUGUUUCAACUGGCUGGCCGCAUAGCCUUUGGAGGAGUUGGGAAGGGGGAAGCAGUAGGCAGCAGCACUUGGGACAUGGCAGACUCUCCCUGCACCCUGGGCAGGAAAUCAUCCAAGUUUUGACAUUGCCGGAGGAACCGUGGAACUAACUGAGGAGCCCUCGGUUACUAGGGCACACUGCAGUCAGUUCAGAUGCUGUAUACCAAGAGGAACUCCAUUGGAGAGACGUUUUAGCAAUUAGUUGUAGAGGAACAGAAAAUCAGAUUUACCUUUGCGUGCUCAAAACUUUAUCAUAUAGCAACAUCUCAUUAUUUUGCAGGAUUUAUGCAGCUAUGGGUGUGUAGUUUUUCCUCUGCAUUUUUGUAGCUCUGUGGGAACUUCCAGCAGUAUUAUAUUCUCUUGUAAUUGUCGUACGUUGUGUCAACAAGAUGUUCACAGUAUGAAUUUCCUUACCUACAUAUUUAGCAGACAAAAAACACUUGCAAAAACAGCCUCUCCUAGCAGGCUGUUCAUGUUGGUGAAGCUCCUUUACAGCCCAUUGCAAAGUGAGGAUCUCUUGGAAACGGGAUGGUGGCAGAUGGCCUGCUGUAUUCUGUGAAAGAGACAUGUGCAAUGUUGUCUAAAUUCUGCUGUGCUGGCAGAUGACAGUGCUAUGCCUAUGCAGUUAUGCCAUUUUGCACUUGCAAUACAAAAUGCAGGUGUAAGGAGCAAACAAUGGGCCAAACAGGCAUGAGAAGAUAUGUGAAGCUGAGACCUGGUUCUGAGCUCCCUCAAAAGUUGGUUCCAGCAUGUUGUAGUGACACUUAUGCUCUAUAUGCCCACUGCAAAAAUGUACUGGAGGAUAGGAUUGUGAUUCAUUCGGGAGCAAAUCACGCACAGGAGUAUACAUGUAAAGGAAUUCAGCUUGUAUAUUAAGCUGCAUGGCAUGUAUGUGAUGUUGUAGCAUGGGGCUACAUCAAUCCACCCCCAUGUCUAGAAGGUCGCAGUUACCCAAGUGAGAACUUGGUGGAGAUUUUCCACAGGCAUUUGGUUGAGCACUGGGAGUACAGGAUGCUUGACUAGAUGCGCCAUUGGCUUGAUCCAUCAGGUGCUUCUUGUGUUCUUAAGGGGAGCACUUUUGCACAAACAGCCAAGGCAACGACAAAUAUGAAAAGAGCAAAUGAAUGACACUUGUCCUCCCUCAGAAUGUUACAGGUCCUCCUGCUGCAGAGAUGAACUGUUAAACCCAGGCUGCAUUCGGGGCUGCAGGAACACAGCAAGGUAAGCAAGAGAAGGCCUUGGUCAGGAAAGUGGCGCCUAUGCUUCAGAGUAUGACUCCUGAAUAUCCUAUAUACCCCUCUCCCUUGAGCAGCCCAAGAAGUCCUGAACACUCAAAAGCACCCAGGAGCACAAAGUCUCCCUUUGCAAUGUGGCUCAAAGUGUACUGGCUUAACAGCCCACUCUUGCUCCGAAAGGUUGUGGCUGUGUCUCCCAGACAGGGCAACAAUGCACUCUGCAGGCCAGGGAGUUUUUGCAGACCACAACCCUCUUCUCUCUGUAGAUCAGUUCCUGCAAUGUCCCGAGAAAGGCUAUAGGGAACACAACCACGUUUAGUGGACACUGACCCCUCCACUCCACCCAAACACUAAUGACACUUUUUUUUUUUGUAGGAGCCGACUUGGGGAUACAUGAAGCAGAACAAACUUUAGCCAGAGACAGAGCUCCAUGGCAGCUUCCUGCACAGGAUAGAUGACUAUUGUCUCAGGGAUUGCAUUAUAUUUCCCAAGAGGUGACAUCAGGGGGAACUGCUGAUGGGAGAGUGGGGAGUGGGACUGGAUGGCUGGCAACUUUAAUGUGCCAGCUGCACAUGGACACCCAGUCACAGGAAUUGCUUCUUGGCAGCUGUUGCUCCUUCUUAGAUACUAUCUCCACCUCUGUGGAGAUGGUCCUUCUACACUCCUAGAGACAAAGAUGUUUCUGCAACCAAUGCCCAGCAUGCUGUGUAGACCACAAGCGAGGCCUAUAUCAGCAGUGACCUGUGGGGAACUGGCUGUUCCAGUGAGGGGUUUCCACCUUUUUUUCCACCCCCAGACUUCCUGUCUCUUGGAAGUGGGCUGCAGACAGGAUUGUAGCAGGUGGCAGACGUACCCAGUGUGGAGGUUUAGUGGUGGGGGAAGCUGCCCUCUGCUGCUAGGCUGCCUGCCAGCCAUCUAGUCCUCAAGAGGCAUGGAGGUCCUGCGCAAAUAAAAAAACCCAUGUUUAUGAGAUGUUGUUAGAACUCCCUCCGUUGUUGAUGCUGCUCAAUAAAAGCGAUGACUGUUUCAACUGCCUGUCUCUGUUUCCUGUUGGUCAGCUGAUAGGUAAGCUGUACUUCUCAGCAAUUCUGCAUUUCAGACAUCUUCAGGAUGGGACAUGCAGCAGGGGGAGACAGUAUGUCCUGUGCUGCAGCUCCACCUGAACAUUUUGUCUCCUUUUCCCAUCUAAACUUAUUGUUGCCAACAGGUUGCCCAAAGAUGGACUUUAGUGGCUUGUAGUCACUACGUUUCCAUUUUAGAAGUAUGAGGGACAAACUCACCCGCUUCUGUUUCCUAUUGUUUUACUCUUUCCCACUGAAUUUCCAGCCUGUUCAAGGUACUGUCUCUUUACUGUGAGUUGCUGCUGAUGUGUUCAUUCUUCCCUGUCUCUUUGUCCCCUGUUCCUUUCCCUUCCAAAAUGCUUGUUUCUUUCACACUGAAACCAACAGAAGUGCACUGUGUACAGAUUUGUGUACAUCAUAUGUGCAACCUUUGGGACCACUGUGGGACUUGACCUCUCGUUCUAGAGGACCUGUUCAUGCAGGCUUCUUGCCCACUGAGCUACGAUGUAGGGUAGCUGUUGUGAAAGGAAUAACACUCCUUCCUUUUAAUUCUGGCCUUGACUAUUGUCCUGUCCAAAAGUGUUGUUUUUUGGGUUGUUUGCUGCUGACUAUAUCUAGAACUGUAGCCCUGAAACUAAUCACACCCUCUCCUGGUGGUCACCUCAAAACUACUGUGACCUGAUCACAAUUCUCCCAGUGUAUAAUUUUGUUCGUGAGAUAACUUUUAUAGGGUUUGUUUAGUAACAAAUAAUCAUUGCAAUAAUCAUUGCGUAUCAAUGUUCAGUAGUAAUAAUAGCAGAAUGUGUCACACGUAAAACAACAACAAUCCUGUAUGCAUUGCAAUAAGUAUUCCCGAAGAAGCUAAUAAAGAUCACUACCCUUCAGUUAACUUCCUCAGUUUCGACAUAGGUGGUUUUCACCUUGCCUUUCCUGAGAGAAUGCAAAACCUCCCCCCUUCCACAUUUACUUUGAUAUUCCCUUCUGUUUUUUGUUCAAACCACCCCAUGGCCUCUUUGAUCAUCGUUUGUGCAAUACUGUCUGUGGCAGCCUUUGAAGAACUUACUGAGCACCUAUCAUCCCACAACUACAGCACUUGCUCUCUGCACUUCCUUUCCUUGGAAGGGAUGAAAAUCCUGGUUUAAUUGUUAAAUAAAUAACAAUGUUGUGUUUGGGCUUCUGGGACUGAGAGGUCCUAGCAUACUGUUGAUAGCAAAUAUUUAUUUCCUCCUUCCAGAGCUCUUGGGAAAGACGUGCAUAUGGUUCAGAGAAAGUUUCCCAUCCAGGCAGCUUACAGGACCAGACCUGCAUAGCUUCAGUAGAGAACUGUGUCACAUGCCUAGUUCAGAUAAUUCAAUCAAAAGGAAAGGAAAAUAAUUCACAGCUCAAGGAUGGUGGAAUAGGCAGGACAGUGAAUGCUGAAAUUAGAAAGUUUGGACAUAAACUGAAGCUCAGAAAUUUAGGAAGCUGUAGCUGGGAACAGAGAUAGAGAAACCCGAGAGAGAGGGAGCAUGAUGGUGGGAGCUAGGAAUAUUUGGGUGCAGAAUGAGGGCUGCUUCCAGACAGGUUUUUCUUUUAUAUUUAUUCUGCUAUGUUCCAUCAGUAUCAGUGGGCAUUGCAUAGCUGCCAUAAUGGGGGAAAGGAAGGUCAAAUUUUCUGAGUGGCCACUUAGAAAACAAGUUGUGAGCCAUGCUUUAAAAUAAAAUCAAGUUAUUGAAUGCUAGCAGUUCAUUCAUUUAAGCAUGAUUGCUCAUUGCUAUUUGUGAAAUAUAUAUAAAAGAAAGGUUGUUAUGGAUUGUUUUGAAGUUUCUAAGAAAGAGCAUGUUGCUAAAAUGGUGGUGACCAGAAAGGGUUCUUGCCCCCUGUUUUCUAAAUUAGAGGUCUAGUGCUGUAGCACUCUUCCAUUUUAAGCCAUAGGUGGACAACAUGUGGCCCCAACCUCAUUUUUGGUAGCCUCCCAAUAUCUCCCCCAGUUGCCACAGUCAUCUAUCCUACUUCAGUUCCUUCUUACAUUUCCUGGCUUUUUAUAGUGUUUCUCCCCUUUUCUAUAUAGGUCUAUAGCAAUUAGAAAGAGCAGUAUUUUAUUUGCUAAAACUAAAUGUCAUUAGUUACUCACUUUUUGCUUGGUUGUUGGGAAGGAACUGGGGAAGGAACUCACCACCCCCGCCCCCCCUGCCCCCCGUUGUCGAAAAGCUUUUGGUAGGCUGUUGCCAUGUGUAUAUCUAGCAAAAUGAGAAAGGAUUACUUUCACUUACUUUCCAAAAAAACCAAAAACUGCACUGGUCUGUUUUACUACUGAAAAAAUAAACAUCACCUCUGUAUACUUCCUUGUGAGUAACUCCAUCAAACUCGGUGGAGCUUACAUGCAUAGGUUUGGGAAUUCUAAUUGAGAUAGCCAUGAUGAAAAUUGAAGAAGGGUGGUCUUUGUUCUGGAUUAGUCAGAAAGUUGUCUUAGCACUAGAACGGGGUUAUAAAAUGGUACCUGCUACAAAGGUUAUAGUGAAUGUGCUGAACUGUGAUAGGUUCACCAUCCUGAUAAUCAUAUAGUGCCUCAAAAAACAGGCAGAAGAGUAGUGGCAAGAGCAUCUACGCUGGUAGAUAUUUUGCCUUCUGCUUUCAAAAGUAUCUGACCUUCUGCAGUAAGAAAGAAAAGAUAGAAGCAGCACUAGGGAAAACAUGAGAGGAUUCCAGAAUGUGCGUGAACAAUGCAUGUCAAUUUGACACUAAAUGCUCAAUGAGGAAGCAACCUGGUUCUGGCCUCUGGGUUGUUUCUUCUUUAGUGUCCUGUUCAGGUCAUGAAGAAGAGUCCAUGGGGGCAGUGGGCGGGGGGGAGGUUGCAAAGCAGCACCAAGGAGAGCUCCUAGUGAGCAACAUGUUCCAACAGUGUCUGAGACCAUAAUGAAUCCUUUCAUGCUUUGGCAGUUGGGGAACCCCAUGCUGGGUUCCACCCCAGCCUUGAAAAGUGGGUGGCCUUAAAGGGUCAGCUCUUGGCCUGGAGGCUUGCAUUUUGCUGCCCCUACGGGAGAUCAUGCCAGACAUGCUGCCUGUGUUUCCCCACAAACUGUGUGUACAGUAUGAGGCCCCUGGGAGGUAGGUAUGCUGGUCCUAGGCAGUGAUGCAGUCUCUGGUCCAAUCUCAGGAGUUCCCAGUUAAGGGAUCUCUAUCUUCUUGGUCCCAGAAUCUCUGGAAUCUUAUGCUAGGAUACCCCUGGUUCAGUGGUGGUGCUUAGUCCCAGCGCUGCCUUGGUAUCACUAUUGGUUCCUCAGCCUUUGAGGCUGUCAUGAUACCACGGUAGCAAUCACAGUUGCCCACCUGGGAGAAAAGCUGGGAGCAGAGGCUGCAGACAGAAAAAUCCCCUUUGACACAUUAAACCCGGGGCCCUUAAUGUAGUGUCUGUGGAUGCGACAGUACCCUCAGACACCUCUCUUGGAACCUGCCACAGCUUUCUGCUCAUCUUGUUUUUUAAUUGAGUGGUUUUUUAAUAUUUACUUUGGGAGAUUUGGUGAGAGGGUGCAUGGUUGCUGUUUGUUGGCAAGAUGUUGUCUGUUUUGGUGGGGUAUUGGUGUUUUGUUUGUGGGUUUUUUUGGGGGGGUGUUUCUAAGCAUUGCCAGUUUCUCUUCUGUGACGUGGGUAUUUUGUGUUGCCCAUUUUGAUUUCUUAGAUUUACAAAUGCAUCUCCGACUUCCCAAAAUGUUGGGGAGCCUGCAUUAAACAAACAGGUGUCAUUGGGGCCUAUGGAAUCCUCUUGGCUGGUUCCACUGGGUCUUGCUAAAAAACUGGGGUGUUUAUAGGAUUGCUACCUCUCCUGGCAGAUGAGUUGUCAUUGCUCACUUGCAUAUAUGAAUAGAGCUAAAUGUGUGCAAAUUAAAAUUCCAAGGCUUCUCAUUAAUGCCUGUCUAAGCCAAAACAACAUACUGGAUAGUUAGGAAACUGGUUAGCCUGAUUUACUAGGCCAGAUAGCAAUCAGCUUAUUGGCUGCUUCUAUUGUCCUAAAUAAAAGCCACCAACUCCUCAUAAACACACUUAAUCACAAAUCUUAUCUAUCUGAUGUGUACUUGCAUACUUCAUAAAACACGCAUACUUAAUCCUUCGUGCAUAGGAUAUUUUGUCACGGUGUGUGUGUGUGUUCAUGUGUGUUACUGCUUGUAAUAUGAAACCUUCCCUGGCAGCAGACUUUUGAGCAGAGUUUGUCUUCUCUCAUUGAUAAACUCAGUUCUGGAAAUUCCCCUCUGCACAGUGAAACAAUGCUGGGCUAUGGGGAUUGCAGCCUGCAGCUUGUGCUGUGGGAGCUUGCGUGACUCCAGCGCAUCUCAGAGAGUAUAAACAAAGCCAAAGCCAGAAACGUGCUCUAAUUAUAGCUGGCAAGCUUUGCAAUGGUGAGAGACUCUAUGGUGCCUAAGAGUUCCCAUCCUCACCUCCCCAUUCAAAUUGCUCGUAACUGGAGGGUUUGAAUGGAUCUCCAAGGUCAGCUAGUACAACUCCUGGCCCCAAAGUUUGGCCUCUGGCAGCAGCCUGAGAUCUAAGCAAUAGUAUGACACCAGAGCACAGGAGACUAAAGGACAACUACCUUAACACUGCACCCCUGUGCACUCUUUUAGCUUAGAAGUGAGGUCCAUUGUGUACAGGGAAAAUAAUUUCUAAUAAGUAAGGUAAUAAGUAAGCAUAGGCCUAGUCUGCUUGUUUAUUUAAUAUAUAUUCUACCUUUCCCCCAAGUUGUUAUAAAAUAUGAAGUGGUCAAAAACAAUAGUUAAAAAUACAACAAAACACAUUUAGAACCAGCUUUAAAAUACGGAUUGCCCAGAUAGCAGUCCAGUGGUCAAUGGACUCUGCACCUAGUUUUCAAAGGUUGGUUUAAACAGGAAGCUCUUUGCCUUGUCCAUUGCUGCAGUGGGCCUUAGUAGGAUCUUCUCACCCUGGCAUGGUGGUCUCUAGGGCUUUCCACGCUCAAAUCCCAGAAUGUUGGAUGGAACUCCAUUCUGGAAAAUGUAAGGCAGCAACUACCAUGGCUGCCAAAGAGGUCUUAGCUGCAAGGUCUUGCCUUUUGCCCCCUUGAAUCCUGGCAGAGGAGAGGAAAGCAGUAACUGCUCCAUGUUUCUGUUUCUGUCUAUCUUGGUCAGGUGGUCAGUGAAGGACCUCUUGUAGCAGAGGGAAGAGGACUGUGUUGUGGAGACUGAGGCUCAGUACACCCCAGAGCAUUAACACCCAUGGGGUAGUCAUAACUCAGGACUAUUGACCAGUAACCUCAGCGUAGUAGGAAUUGUGCAUCAUUCAACAGAGACUGAAGUGGGUGACAAGAGCAAGAAAUUGCUACAGAUUUGGACAGUGAAAGUGUGGAGCUACAGCUUGUGUUCAGAUCUGACUUACCUGUACCCCCAUGUUCAGAUAAGCGUGUCAGGAGGAAGCCAAGAAUACACAGGCAAGAUCCUGUUUUCCCUGUAUCUCCUUCUCCCAUAGUCCUCAUGCUGCCUAGUACAGACUCUGUCUAUAAAGUCACCAGCCUGGCCCCUGGCAGAACAAAUUUUAAUAGCUCACUUGAUCACACAAAUGAAGUGGGCUUGGGGGAAUAAAUUUAUUCCAGUUUGCAAACUCAUUCUUCCUUAAUCAUCUGGAGGUGAACUCUACUCACCUAUUUCACAAGCGUGGCCUAAUGUCAUGUGAAGCAAGAGUUGUGGUACGGGAGCCAAAGAACACUCCUCUCCCAAUGUGCACAUAUAGAGGUCUAGGAGCUAAUCACCCAUGGAGGCGACAGGGACUGUUUGACAAGAUAGCAUUCACAGGCCUUAGGCCAUCAGACAAGGGGAUGAACAAUCAGGCAGUGCUUAAGCUUUGAAGCUGAGCAGCUGUCUGAAAUAAAAGGACACCAGUCCCUUAUCUGUCGUCCUGAGGGGCUGGGAUCAGAACUGCCGCCUCAUCUUUAUCAAGGAACAUAGUUUGUUGUUUUCCUAUGGGCCAAAAGACAGUGUGAUAUAGAAGAUCUAUGAUCAGGUCUCCAAAUUCCUUUUUCUUGGUUAAAAGCAGUUGCUGGGGAGUGGGGCUGGAUAAAGGGUAGGGCUGUGGCGCUGAAGAGGGGCUGGUUAACCCUUCACCUAUCUCCAAAAUCUCUUGCCUGAAACCUCUGUUACUUGAGGGGAUAGGAUUGCCAAAGGUGUAAAGUGCUGUGAUUUGUGCUGUGACUUGAAAAAGGCCAUGCCUGUUGGAAUGCCUGCUAUGUGUGUCUGACAGCAGGGGGCCACAACAAGGAUUGGGGAAUCUAUCACAUUCCAGGUGUUGUUAGACUCCAACUCCCAUCAACCCCAGCUGCUUGAGGGGAGAUGUAACCAAGCAAAAUCUGAAGGGCAAUCCCUUUCAGGUUUCGCCAUCCCUGGAAUAAGCUCAUGGGCAAGCCGUUAAGCCUUCACACAACUGUACUGUGCGAGUGCAAUGGAGGAUCUUAUGUGGGUGGUGAGCAUUGCAAUGGUGACUAAGUGAAAUGUGCUCUUUCUUGCAGGUUUCCGUGAGAGUGCUUUUGCCUAUGCCAUUGCAGCCGCAGGGGUGGUACAUGCUGUCUCCAAUGCGUGCUCCCUGGGCAAGCUGCAGGCAUGUGGCUGUGACCAGAAGCGCCGUGGGGAUGAGGAAGCUUUCCGCCUCAAGCUGCACCGUCUCCAGCUGGAGGCCAUGAACCGAGGCAAGGGGAUGAUGCAUGGAGUGCACUUGGAACACAUGCCAGCUGAGGCCCCAGGCCUGCAAGAUUCCUGGGAGUGGGGGGGCUGCAGCCCCGAUGUGGACUAUGGGGAGAAAUUUUCCAAGGACUUCUUAGAUUCCCGGGAGACCUACCGAGACAUCCACUCUCGCAUGAGACUGCACAACAACCGUGUUGGCCGGCAGGUGAGCUGAAAGCGCAGCGAUGGGUUGGGUGGGGAGUUGGAGUCAAGGCUUGGAAAAAGGUUUCCGGGAGGGAGUCAAUAACCCAGACAGUUCCUGAUCUAUAGAAAUAAACGAGGCUGAUCAUUCCAGCUCAGACACUCAUCUACCUGGUUGGUCCAAGAUGGUUUGUACAGGGCUGGCGUAACUGAGAAAUGCUGUCUGCAUUUAAUGUGAUGGCAACUUCUGAUUCAAUCAGAUUCAGACUUGAGUCAGGGCUUAUCCACACUUACCUUUUGCCCUGCUCUUUCCAGGCACAAGUCUGUGCUUAAAAGCUCUGUGUCUGAGCAUUUGUUUCCUUUUUCUUUUUUUGCCCUGGAGCUUUCCCCUCACCCACAGUUUAGCAUUCAAUGGGAACAAACAUCGGUUUGGGGUUUGGGCAUAUUGCUGUUUGCUCUGAUUGAGCUUUAAAGAGCAGGUUUUCAUGGGGAAAGCUCCAGAAGGGUGGGGAGAAAGGGCGCUUGGACAUGAAGAUUUAAAGCGUGGAUCAUGCCUGGAAAGAGCGGAGGAAAGGUAAGUGUGGAUAAGCCCUCCCAUAGUGUACUGUGCUUGCAUUCUGCCAGUGCUUGAUCCCUGCCUGGAGCAAUCUGAGAACCAAGAGCAUCAAUUGUGGCUUGUUUACCAGCAGAAAUAAUAGCAUGGUAGGGCCAUCCUCAUCUCUGCUUCCCUGAUGCACAGCUUCUCAUACUUGCAUUUUAGAUGAAGCAGAAGUGUGGAACGUGCAAGAAAAUUAUGGUAAUUCAAGAGAUUUAUUGUUCUGUUUAACUACUUAAUCCAUAAGAAAAGGCCCCAGUGCUCUGCAUACUCAAGUCUGAUUCCAAGCUCACUGGAAAGCAAAUACAACACCCAUGAUUAUAAACAGUUUACUUCUAGUAGUCACUGAAUGCUUAGAGCAAACAGGGCAUGGACUGUAUUCAUCUAUUUGUUGACUAUUUAUCCCACCAUGACUAGAAUGACUAUAAUGUUAUUCUUUGCUUAUGAGACUGACAUGGCAUUUAGCUGGACACAAUGUGCAUGAGAAUACUGGAAGAGAUGGACCUCUGUUUUCUUACACUGCUUGGUGAAUUUCUGCUUUCCAUAAGAAGUGAUCAUAGAUCUGGCUCCAGAAUUGCAGCAACAACCUGCCCAACAUAGGGAUGGUUUUCAUACCUUGAUACCUUCAUGAGUGGCACAAGGGAGCAAAUUCUUAAAGUAAAUAUAGAAGACCAUGUUUUCACUUUUGCCAUAAGAAGAGCCUGCUGGACCAGGCCAAUGGCCCAUCUGGUCCAGCAUCCUGUUCUCUCAGUGGGUGACCAGAUGCCUGUGGGAAACCUGCAAGCAGGACCUGAGGACAAGAACACUCCAUUCCUGAAGUUUCCAGCAACUGGUAUUCAGAAGCAUGUGGCCUAUAACACUGGAGGCAGUGCAUAGCCUCCAUCAUGGCUAGAAGCCCUGAAUUUGUCUAAAAUUUACUAGCUAAAAUGUAUGCAUAUCUGACAUGCACAAACUGUACAAUGACCAGUUCCAGCACUAUAUUUUCCUGGUGUAAACUGCCUUGUGAAAUGGAGCCUGUAAAGUGGCAGCUGGUGUUGCCACAGUCAGCUCUUUGUAACAUACUUUUAAAACCCUGUUCUUGUGAACACACAGACACAGUCUCCUUGCACAAAAGUAGCUCAUGAUAAUUAAAACUGUUGAUCUGCUUAAUGAUCUGCAUGCACAUCUCUGAAAUUGCUCUGUAUUCAGAAUAUUUGUUUUCACUGAGAAACCAUUGAGCUGCAGGUAGUAGAGAUACUAUCUGUACAUGCAUCUGGCAAAGUAGAUUCUGGCCCAUCAAAACUUAUGCUACAAUAUAUUUUAGUUUUUAAGGUGUCAAAGAAUCUUUUUUCCCUGCAUGGCACAUACUGAGAUGUAGAUCAGCCAGUGCAGUAACCCCCAUCUUGGAGAAGAGCAUUUGUGAGGUUUUGAGAAAAGCUUGAUUCAGUCAAGCACAUCAUUCUGCUGAUUUAGGUUUGAAUGCUAAAAUUCUGAACAGUUUGAGUGGGUGGCCACCCAUGAUCUGAGCUAGGUUCAAGCCUCUUUAUUCCCCCACAACUAAUAGUUCUACAGGAAAAUCCAGUGAGAGUUACUAUUACUAAUUCAUUACCUGCAUCUAGAAAGUGGUUUUAUAAUAACAAAAGAUGGAUGAAGAAGUUAAUUGCUAAGGGAAGAAAAUGGCAAUGAACAUUUUCAGUGGAAGUAAGCCUAGCAAAAAUUGUGCAGUCAUCUCUAAGCUGUACAGCUGGGGAGGGCCAACUUUUUUCUAUUGAUGGACACAUUUGAGGGUCACAUUCCCAUGGGAGUAAUCUGUCAGACAGCAGUAGUCAGAAGUGGGUGCAGCUACUCCCUUUCUGUCUUUUUGACACCCACUUCUCUCCCUCCCCCUUGUCCUUUUCCACCUGUUUUUCCCAUUUGCCACUCAUAAGAUGUUGGGCCAAGAGUUGCAGAUUGCUCACCUGCAUUGUAUAGGUACACCUAUCUGAUCUGAUGCACCCAUUUCUAAUAACAUGCAAACAGAAAGACCUGGUUUCUUAGAAGGUAUGCUAAAUACCUUUUCAGCUCAUGUAUAUCCUUCCCAGAAGGCCUUGAUCUUUGAGCACGUCACAAGGUGAAGAAUGUACCUCAGUUUCCUCAUUUCAGCAUUUAUUUCGGCAAGUGGUAGAUUUUGCAAGCUUGAGGUCAUGUACCACCUGUACACAUUUUCAUUAUAUUCUCUUUAAAGCAUUACAUGCUGUAAACUUGUACUGUGGUCCAUAACCGUUCCCAGUCAGCAAACAUAAUGUUAUCCAACAUCCUGUGCCAUUAAUCAUGCAGAUUUACCGUUUCGUCCUGAGUAUUCCAUAUUAGCAGCAAGUAAUACAUUCUUGAAAGUGUUUAGUUUUGGGAUCUAGCAGUUCUGUUUCAACUUUGAUUUUCCACCUGAAGCCAAUUUUCUAUCAAAUUAUGACCUCUCUUUGGUAGUAAUGCGCUCACAAGUCUAUAUCUAUCCCACAUUGCUUUCAUCAAUGCCACUUGAAUCCUGAUGGUAUAUGAAUCCUACCUGAAUCUCACCUGAAAACGGCAACAGUCUGGAAGUGUUAGGCAAGCAUUUGGAUGGAUUAAUUUAUGCAGCAAGAUGAUUGAUUGGAGGACCUCUUAAGGCAGGCAUGUCCGAAUCGCUUAGCCUAAUCUGCACCUGAAGACGGCAUAGUUUGAAGUCCUAAGCGAAGUGUUAGGCAAGCAUUUGGAUGGAUUAAUUUAUGCAGCAAGAUGAUUGAUUGGAGGACCUCUUAAGGCAGGCAUGUCCAAAGUCCGUUUCAGGGGCCUAAUUUGGCCCCUGUGGCAGUUUAUUUCCUGGGGUAAAAUCCUAAAAAAAGGUCAACAACUUUGGUCGGCCCUUUGGUGGGCUCUCACGGCCCUUCACUUCAUCAAAUCUGGCCCUCUUUGAAAAAAGUUUGGACACCACUGUACUACUAUCAUUGCUAGACAAAGCUCUUCAGCACAAAUAGUUUUUGGCUGCACUUGAUACCUGUGAACAGAGCUGUCUGUAAUCUGUGACCACUCUAUGCAGGUGUAGAAGUAAGCAUUGGAGACACCUUAAUUUCAUUUUAACUUCAGUUGUUUAGGUCAAAAUUCAAAACCAGCACUUUGAAUUGUUCCUGGAAAGCAGCAGGAAGCCAAUGUAGGUGUUCAAGCACUAGUAUAAUGUGUUCCAUAUUUUAGAAAGAAAGAUUACUUAACAAUGCAUUUUUUUUUGUAAUUUAAGAGAAAUAGUGUUCUAAUUAUAGCUUAGUGCACCAGACAUCCUCAAGGGUAGUAUAUGCAAGUGGAAACUGAGCAGUGCUUAACAUUGCAAAUUAAAUAAUAUAGAUGCAUGACUGCAGACAAAAAAGCUUGUUACCUUAAAAUGACUUCUCCCAGCACAUUCACUUCCUCUAUUACCUCUCAGUCUGCAUCCUAAAAAGAAAUGUUCCUAAAAAUUGCAUCGCUGAACUCAGAAGACAAUCUGCAGUAAUUUGGGAUUGUUGCGCAUCAUAACAGCCUUCAGUCUUUUGCUCAUCAGUUUAUUUUAUGAUAUAUGUUUAAAGUACCAAUUACGUGAAGUGGCCACAAUGUAUGUAUGGUAAAUUGAACUCUAUUUUGGAUUCACCAUUCCUAACUAUAAAGUCAGCCGCAGUGAACAUCAGUACUUGAGAUACAUCACAUUAGGAUAGAAGGAAGCCCAUGAACUGUGUCAUGUUACUUAUAAGUAAUCUCAAAGUAAGGUAUACAAGAGAGAUGUCCAGUCGUAUAGGGCCAACUUCUAUUUAUAUGAGUUCAUCAAUUACAAGUACUGAAGGCUGGCACAUCCAGAUCCUGAAAGUGCUCCAGUGCCUUACAAGAAUUUUCUAGAAGGGGUCAUGGGUGGUUUUUCUGCCUCUGCAUGACUUUGAUGUGAAAAGCCAUACAUGGUGAAGCUUGGCCUUCUGUGUAAAUCGUAAAAGGUGCAGGAGUCCUCUCACACAAUCAGCAGGUAUGCAGUGAGCUGGGGAGUUGGUCCAAUAGGACUGUUUUAAGAAUCCAUUGGAAGAGCAAGUGACUGUCCCACUGAUAUAUACCACUGAGAACUAACUCACGUAUGUGUUAAGCAAGACCACUUCAUGCCAGCACUGCCAAGGGCUGCUGCAACAAACAGCAGUACAAGCCUUUGAGAGGCAGAGACAUGAGAGGGCAUCAGAGGAAGCAGGGAAGCAAGGAAAGAGGGACAGAGGCAGGCACCCCAACCAUCAUUUAAGGCACCCCAAGGUGCCACAACGCACUGGUUGAAAAUCUCUGGCCUGAAAUGUUUUCCUUUCUCUCUAUCAUUCCUUUGAGAUGGAAAGGUAAAAUCGGCAGUUCAAAUGCCCUUGCUGUGUUGAUAUAGGAGAAAUCUAAUCCAGGUUAAUGACUGCUAAUACAGGUUAAGCCUUUCUCCUGUAAACAAGCCUGCCCUAACUCUGACCUUUUGGCUCCUUGACAAGGGGGAAGGAGCCCUGCACUCUCUGCCUAAUCCAUCAGAGUCAGACCACUCUGCCACUGCUUUGUAUCUGUGCAUUUAGGAGAACCAUUGUUCCACCAAGGUUGGUACAAGAAUCAGUGCUUUUGAAAUCCAGGGAAAUCGAGGUUAUGUAUGGGAUACUUGGAUGGAACAAUAUGCCCAGACUGAUAAUGGAAUCUCCUUUUUAAAAAAAAUAUAAAUCAAAAAUCUGUGGGGGGAUACGUGAUGUAUAAUAUAUUAUGACGUAUAAGAUAUUAUGCUUCAGUGAGGAAAGGAGCUGGAUCCCCAAGAGUCGAUAAAUCUGACUGCUAAUGGCAGCCAGAAAUUUAAUUCUAGUGACCAGCAAGGAAAGCCUUGAGUGUGUUCCGCCAAAGGGUUACCCAUUUUUCAAAACACUGGAAGCAAAACAAGGAGGCAGAAAGUGUCUCUAUAAAAAAGAUGUUAGAGUGAGUCCCAUGUUAGGAUCCAGUAUCAGUGUUAGGAGCUGGUGUUGGGUUUUCUUAAUAUUGAUGUGGUCAGUGGUGCUACUCAGGUGUGUGUGUUUGUAAUUAUAACCUGCAUGGCAGAACAUCUGUGAGCUUUUCACAAUUUAGCACACCUGAGGUAUCUUAACAAUUUAACUAAUUAGCAACUAAUUAACAAUUUAACUAAUUACCUACUGCACCGAAUGCAGCGAUGUGAUAGGGUAAUUGUUUAUUUGAAAACUGUAUUUAAGUUGAUCAAGUGGUGUAGUGUGUACUGUUAUAGAAUACUGUUGAGGAGUGGUGUUGAGAAGAGGUGUUUUGCAGCUGUUUGAUUAUUAUUUAAAAAUAAAGUAAGCAAAGAUAUUGUGGGCAAGUUUUUAUUCCAUCGCCCCAGUAACUGCGUAAACUUGGUUGGCAAAGAAGGUCCAACAGCUGGGAAGGAGGGAUUGCUACAAACAGUGUUAGAAACUGAGAUAUGAAAGCUAGAAGCUAAAUGGCACCUUAAACCUAGGUUAUGGGCACAACAACAGAAUGUCUAGGCACCCUUUUUUAUAACAAGAAUACAAAGCUGAAAAUGAAUGAACUGCAACUAAAAUACUAUGUUCAUUUUUCACAUGGUCUAGUCCUUUCCCUGCCCACCCCCAUAAUAUUUUUAAGAGGGUCUCUUCUCCAGUCUUCACACAAUAGCUGGAAGUGGGGAGGCAGAAAAAGGUCUUCCUUUCCUUCCACUCUGCAGUUUUAAUCUGAAAUCUUAGGCACAGUACUGCGCCCAGAGCUCAGAAACUGCUUACCCUAAUGAAAUUCUCUGUUGCAAAAUGUGCCUAGAACAAUGGGAGUUUGAACACUGGCUACAAAUGCACCUUGCCCAUUGAUCUUCGCUUUGUGAAGCUCUUUUGACCAGUGGCAAUUAAAAAGAAUGCACUUAUUUUACUCCUGUGGAGCAGAAAGGCUCACCUUGUUGCUAGAACCAGUGUUUGACUGCUAUAUCCAGCCAAAAUGUGUGGCUUUCUUUCAUCUCUUAGGACUAACCUGAAACUGCUUUGAAGCAGGAGAAUGAUGGUGUGUGUGUUUGUGUGUACAUGAUAUCAAUGUGUUUGAUAGGCGUGCAAUGAAAAGACUAUCAGGAGACAGCAGAGUAAGAUCCAGGCAGCACAGGAGCCACAAAAGGCCCUGUCAAAGAGGCAUAUAUCCAAGAAUGGUGAUUGGGCCUGGCAAUGACACAUGGCAGCUGCACAGUUUGCAUUACAUUGACACCCAGGUACCCCAGCUGGGUUCAAGGACUGCGCUGCCCACAGUGCCCCAAUGUAGUAUUUCUACAGUGUAUUGAAAUGGUGUAUCAGACUUAGCCAGUGGGCACUGAUCACAGCACUUUGCUGCCUACCUUAUGCUAUCAUUGGGUUACCCUCACUGGAGUUUACUGGCAUAGGACGUGCUCCACAAGAGAGAAUUCUUCAGAAAAGACCUUUCAAACCUGUAACCUGGCCCUCAAGGUGAUAGAAAGGGCUUGUUCUUAUGGUGGGUUUUAGAGGGGAGACCUGGGAGGGAGGAAUGGGACAUAUCUCAGUUGCAACUUAAUUUAAUAAAGUGGCCAUUCUACUUAAUAUGAACAAACUAGGCAUAUUUUGAGGAGCCCUAAUAGGAUUUUUUAGAACUGGCCCAUGAUGAUGGGAUACUUGUCCCCAAUUUCUUACCAUGUUAAGCAUCUUUUUCUUUAAAAAAGCAUUUUGAUUCCCUCUGCCCUUCUCCCUCUUGAGACCAAUUUUCCACCGGAUGCUUUCUUUGUGACCUAAAGGGUAGAAUAAUGGGAGUGAAGAAACUAAACCUUGGCUCCUACCAGCACUAUUCAAGGAGACCCACAUUCUGGCUUCUCCUACGAAGCCUUUCCUGGAACGUGCUGGUGGGUGUUCCACCCACUUGCAGAAACUGUCCCUUGCUGACAGAAUUGCAGUAGAUCCUUUGCCAGAGAAAAGACUCUUCGUGGUUUGUUUCUUUAAAAAGAAAAAAGAAAAAACCCCACUACAGCUGCAAUCCUAUAUAUACACUUACUUGGAAGUAAGUUUCAUUGAACUUGGUGGGAUUUUCAUCCAAGUAAACAUGCAAUAGGAUUGUACUGUGCAGCUGUUCUUUGAGAUUAGGUGUCCUUUGAACAGUUGUACUUUCAAGCUCAGCGUAAUGGGCUGGAGAGUGAGUGGAGGUGGGGGAGAGGAAGACAUGCCCCUGCCUGGUUGCUGUGAAUGACCUUUUGUUAUCCCCUCUGCAUGGUAUAGACAGAGCUCUGAUUUAGGAAAGAUGUCUCUGGAGGGCUUCUCUGAGGGGGAGCAACAUUGUCCUCCCACAGGUUCCUUCGGGAAGCCCCUGCCUUGGGCAGGAUGGGAACUUUGUUCCCCAGCACCCUUCCCCAGUAGGGGAAGCACACAGGAAAUGGUUUCCAAACCACUAGGUGGGUUGCAAGGGGGAUAAUGGCUCCAGCCUAUUAGUGCUCUGUAAUUUGGUGCUAAUUUCCUUUAUUACAGUGUUCCUGCAUAGCAGGGGGUGGUGCUUGCUGCUUUCGGCAUGUGUGGGGUGUGUGUGGCUGAUUUUGCCAUCCAAUCUGUGCAAGCGGGGCUAGCACUUGGUGGGGAGAUGGCACUGGCUAGCUCUGCAGGCUGAUAUCGUGUGCCUGCCCUGGCCCCUUUUGUCUCCCUAAGAGGCAUGGAGGAGCUUCCUUGGCAAGGCAGUCCGGGCUGCAGCUGUGCUUGGUUAAGGGAUGGAUCUGUGGCAACUGGCAUUGCUGGCAUUAGGAAAACUCUGAGCUACCAAGGCGAGAGCGGCACCCAUGAAGGACAUAACUUGCCUUGCUGGAUCAGACCAAAAGUCCCAUCUGGUCCAGUCCUCUUGUCACCAGCCAGGUCACCCUGGCAAGCUUCUAAAAAGGCUCUAGCCUCUCCCUAUUCCUUGCUUCCAGCACCCAUUAAUCAGGGUUAUACUGCCCUUGAAUAUGGAGCAUCUUAUUUUUUAAAGCACUUCUGUCUCAGGUUGCUAGAAGUGAAGGUGACCUACUGCACAGACCCACACCUACCCCCUUCAGACUUAAAGCCAUGUGCUAUUAUGUCCUGCUGCACUCAAUGCUGUUUCUGGAUAUUUGAACCAGUCCAGAGUAAGCAAGAAAUAAACCAGGCAAAUGCCUGGCUAUCUGGCCAAAGAGUAGGAGACAAUGGGUGUGGGCUCUGUGCUAAACUUGUGUGAACAGAAGUCAAGAUAGCGCAAUCCAAUAUGCUGAAAGUUGUGUCCAAUGGAAACAGGACUUUUGGUACACAAUUAUAUACAGUGGUACCUCUGGUUAAGAACUUAAUUCAUUCCGGAGGUCUGUUCUUAACCUGAAACUGUUCUUAACCUGAAGCACCACUUUAGCUAAUGGGGCCUCCUGCUGCCUCUGCACCGCCAGAGCAUGAUUUCUGUUCUCAUCCUGAAGCAAAGUUCUUAACCUGAGGUACUAUUUCUGGGUUAGCGGAGUCUGUAACCUGAAGCGUCUGUAACCUGAAGCGUUUGUAACUCGAGGUACCACUGUGCAGAAUAAACAAAGUCCCAUUUUCUCCCUCUACACAUGCACUUGCCUGACAAUUACUAUAGCAUGCAUGCAGGAGCAGGUGGCAUAUAGCUAAAAGGAGCCCGUCUGCACACUUAGUGACUUGCCAUAAAAAGUGUACUAUGGGUUGCCAGAAGCCUGAUAACACUUGUUUUUGCCCCUACCUGGGACUGCAGGAGCAAGAUGAUUGUCAAAACACCUGGUAGGUGUACCUCACUGGUACACUGAGUUUGGCUUGGUGGGUAGGAAACUGUUUCAUUCACACACACACACACACACACACACACACACACACACACACAGACCUUGGCAGUUUUCCUGAUAACGUUCUUAAUUCGCUUAUGGUAGAAUCUACUAUGUAUUGGAAUGCCUCCCAGGUGUGCUAAUAUUAAUAGUUUCCUGCUUGCAAACAGAGCAGAAAAGACUGCCGUAAGUCCAAGCCAGUAGCAAGAACAGUGUAUAAAGAGCUUUACAGCAUUUGUUCUAUUUUUCCCAGCGAGGUAUAUCAUGCUGAGAAAUGGUGUGUUGCCAAUUGCCCCUCAAAUAGGUUAAAUAGAUAGGCACAGACUUGCAGCUGGGCUUCCCAGGGCCCCCAUCUUGUUCACUCUUGCCUGUUGUUCCAAGAACAGACACAAGAUAGAACAGUUAUUGUUGUUUCCUGACGUUGUGCUUUGAAUAGCCAUUUGAGGCAGACAGAAAUUCAUAAGGUGGAGCUGUGUUCUUGCAUGCCAUCAAGCAGCAGUGAAAGGCAAAGAGACUAUGUGGGUCCAUUUGUAGGAUCUGCCCCAGAAACUAUAGAUAUGGUGUAGGGUGGCCAGAUUCCAAAGAGGGCAGGGCUUUUGCCCCUUUAAUAGUGGUGUCUGGGCUAAGUGGCAUCAGUUUACUCUCUCAGUCCCAGCUCUCUCCUGCCUUCGCCCACCCAUUAGGAAGACGGGAUUUCCCAGGCUGGAGGCAGUCACCUCUUCCCUGGUUGGAACAUGCCUGCCUGACGGUUGGGGAGGUACAAGCAUACUCCACCACUGCUCCAGGCCUCAGUACACAUAACAGACAGGGGGCCAUAAUCCUGUACCCUCCAGAUCUUAGAUGGGCAUGUGAUGGGUGAGCUGCAUUCAAGCAGCAAGUAGGCUUCUCUGCCUAGCAACCUAUCCAAACUUGGAUAAAGAACAUUCCCUCUCUCCACAGCACCUCCCACCACCUUUGUGCUUGGGCUUUUCCUUGGGUAGAAGCAACCUCACACAAGGGCACUUCGGCCCAGGAAGCCAGCAAAAGGACAUCCUUCACGAGUCUUUUCACCCACGCAUCUUGAGCCAGGAUGAAUCCAGCAUUAAGCCAUCCCAGGCUGAGGCUUGUUCCACUUAUUUAAAAUGAUCUUAUGCAGGGAAUCACACCUUGGGUGCUUCUUUCCAAGUUGCCCAUCUUUAUUCCUAGAGGAACUCAUGAGUGUUAGCUUAGCCUCCUGCCCUUUACACCAAAGCCACUGCUGACCCUCCCUCCCAGUUGCUUUCUUUUCAGGCAUUCUCCUCCCAAUAUACUUGGACCAGCGAUGGGGUACCUUUGACCUGCCACAUGUUGCUGAACUACAACUCCCAUCAGCCCAGCAUGUGUGAUCCAUAGCCAAGGAUGAUGGGAGUUGUAGUUCGGCAGCAGCUGGAGGGCCAAAGGUACCCCACACCUGACCUAGGCCUUCCAAGCAUACAUGCAAGGUCAAACAGAGAGUUAACUUAACCUUCAGGGCCUCAUUACAUGCCAAUCAAGUGGAAGCUUCUGUUGUACAAUAUAUCUAAUUCUCUAUUAGCCCCAAGGUCUUCUGCAUCCCAGUGCCAAACCAGUCAUCUUAGCUGGAUCCAAACAUAAUAUGAGAUAGAUGCUACAGCCGGACCCUCUAGCUCAGGGGCAGGGAAUCUCUGGCCCUUCAGAUGUUACUGAACUCCUGACAGCCCCAGUCACCGUGGCCAAUGGUCAAGGAUGAUGGAUGUUGCAAUUCAGCAGCAGCUGGAGAACCAGUUUCCUCCAUCCCUUCUCUAGUUGGUGAUUCCACUCCCACCCCCAUCCCCGGUGAAUCUCAGUUUCGGGACUUUUUUUCUAGUACCAAGAACACAUUUGAACAUUCAGUAUAGGUACCAGGCAGGUGGGCAAAAGCAUGCUCCCUCAGGAUUCUGGAGAUGGUUGGCCAUACAGUGAGUAGGCAGCUCUUCCCUGUACUGGAGAGAGAUCAUUUAUGCUGGUUAUCCUGAUGAGUUUGCAGCAGUCUGUCUUUCUCCCUGUUUUAGCUUUAAACCUCUUGUGAGUAUAUUCAGAUAUUUCAAUGUUCUCCUCUUCUGUAUCAAUCCUUUCUUCUUUCUCUCUGCAUUGCUGCUUAGACCCUUCUAUCUACAGUUUCCAGCCCUUUAAUCAGUCCUAAACUUGCACUCUCUGUUCCCUGCAUGGAUCCCAUUUCUCGCCCUUCCACCUGGCAAACAACUCAUUUUCUCUGUUUUUACUCUGAAGAGUCUUGAUUGACCCUGCUCCUUCCCCUUUUUCUUUUCUUUCCUCCCUAAUGUGUCUCGUUUUGAUCUUCAGAUGAUAAACUUGGGCAGGGCCCACUUUAAUAACAAUAAUCAUUUCAGUCCAGAGUCCCAGAUGGAGCUUCAGAUCAAGUAAAACUCGGAAUAAACACAGUUGCAAUAGUUAGAGCUUGGGAAACCAAAUCAGGAUCUUGAAAGUAACAUUUCUUCUCGCAGAACCAGAAAUUUGGAAUCCAAAACAAAACUCAAAUGUCUCUUCUGUGGCCUUUGUCUAUGCAGUUGCUCAAUACUUGGAAGUAGUAUACACACACACCUUUCCAUUUGAGAGGGAGGGGUGAUUACACAUUGUGCUGUGCAUAUUUGCAGCUUCAAUUUUUUAAAAUUGCAUUUUAGCUUUAGUUUUUUCUUGCAGAAAUCAGGAAAGGCAGCUUUUACAUUUCUUGCCUUUAUAGUUACAGAAAGGAACCUUAGUGCCCUGUGUACUUCGCAGCAAGACUCCAAAAUAAAGUGUGUUGGGGAGGGGGAGAUAAGUACCUUUUUAAAAAGCCAGCUUUUUUCUCUUUCUUUUUAAAUGAAAAGGUCCUGUGAUAUGAAUGUUGUCUAAAUCUGAGUUACUGAUGCAUAAUUUUAGAGCAUCAGCUUCAUCUUUCAUUCUGACUCUGCAAACAGCCCUACCCUCUUGCAGCCGUGUAAUCCCUGACCGCACGUCGCUGCAUGUAACCAGGUACAACAGCUGCACCCAUACAGGGUUGAACAAACUAUCCUCAUCCCACCUCUUAAUGAACACCAUAGCAACUGGGAACAGUUUGGAUCUAUUUAUAUGGAAUCCUGGGAAGGGCAAAUGCCGCUCACACCUACAUCCCACAUGCGGAAGGACCUCUCCUCCCUCCGUUAUAGAUGACAAUGAUUAAUCACAUUAUUGAAAUUCAGAUGUACCAGGCUGAGUUCAAGCUGUUAGAGCCCUUAACAACUUGGGACUAAUUUUCCUAAGCCUUUCCCUCUAUGUGCCUACUGGAUCACUUUGAUCUGUGUUACUUGCACUUUUUACAAGUGCCGUAGAAUGUUAAUUCUGCACUUUGGUGUGGCGUCUGUGUCAGUGUGACUCUGGAACUCUCUGCCUGCUAAAGUUGAACCAGUGCAAACAUUAAUUCGGGUUUUCCACAAAUUGAUGUUUGCUCCAAUUGGGCUUUAAAGAGCAGGUUUUCACAGGGAAAGUUCCAGAAGGGACAGGGGAAAGGGCACUUGGACAUGGAGCUUUAAAUCACAGUGUGCCUGGAAAGAGCAAAGGAAGGGGAAGUGCGGAUGAACGCUUUGAUACCUGUCUGGAAAAAAAAAUGUUUUGGCAAGCCCAUCCAGACACAUGAUUUAGGGCUAAUCCAUACUUCCUCUUGCUCUGCUGUUUUCCCCUAGGGAAAACUACUCUUUAGUGCUCAGUUGGAGCAAAUGGAAAUUUGGGUUUCCCCCAGAUUGCCAUUUGUUCCAUUCUAUUGCUAAAGAGCGGGUUUUUCCUUGGAAAGGAGUGGGUCAAGUGGAAAACUGAUGGGAUCUGUGCUUUCUUAGGGACGGCACAAGCGGAAGUGUGGACGAGCCUGCAGUUACAUUUGAGUUAAACAGUUAUUGAUACUAACACUGUUUGUAAUGAUGCUUUUGUUUAUAUUUGUUUUUAGUAUGCGUGUUAGCCAUGUUUUAUAUACAAUUUUAGUCCUGUUCUUUCAACCUGGAAAGUUGGGCUGCUGCUGUAUUCAAGAUUUGUGCUAUCCGGCUUCGUGAAAGUAGCAGUUUGAGUUCUGGUGGCUCUCCUUGGCCCAGCAAGAUGAAGCAAGCUAUUGGAGAACCCUUUGUGUGGCCACUUGUUUCAACUGGGCAAAACUGCAUAGAGAGCCCUUUGCCCCAGCAGCAUACACUGGUUCCAAGGGAUGGCAAAGCCAAGCUGCCCAUUGGGAACAAGGUGUGCUAGAGGGGAAUACAAAACUGCAGUGCAAGGCAAAGCUUUAGCUGAAUUCUGCUAACCACUGUCUGCUUGUGCCCCUGGCAGGUGGUGAUGGAGAACAUGCGGAGGAAAUGCAAGUGCCACGGCACCUCGGGGAGCUGCCAACUGAAGACGUGCUGGCAGGUGACCCCUGAGUUCCGCCUGGUGGGCUCCCUACUCAAGGAGCGCUUCUAUGGGGCCAUGCUGAUCCGGCCCCACAACAGGAACACAGGGCAGAUGGAGCUGAGCCACGCCCGCCAGAGGCGCCGGGCCGGCAUCAGCGACCUGAUCUACUUUGAGAAGUCACCUGACUUCUGCGAGCGGGAGCCGGCACUGGACUCCAUGGGGACGCAAGGGCGCUUAUGCAACAAGACCAGCCCAGGCAUGGACAACUGCGAGAGCCUGUGCUGCGGGCGGGGACACAACAUCCUGCGGCAGACGCGCAGCGAGCGAUGCAACUGCAAGUUCCAUUGGUGUUGCUUCGUGGCCUGCGAGGAGUGCCGGCUCACAGAGUGGGUCAGCGUCUGCAAAUGAAGACCGUGGCCCCUGCUGGACGCUCCAGAGACUCUGCGGUUUCUACUGGGCACAGUGGAGCCCUGCAAAAAGCAGGAGGCACGGCUUGGGCAGCCUGGCACAUUUGUGUUUCACAUCAUCUCCCUGGCACUUCCUCUCCUCCUUUCUGACUUGUGCAUGAGCACUCAAGGGGUUCGGUUGUACAUGGGUGUUAGUCGCGAGCCUGGCACCUCUGAAGCACAAAGAGCUGCACGCCAUUGGGCUUAGCUGGAAUCCUUGACAUUAACUCCAGCUGCUUCUGGCCACUGGCAUCUCCAGCUGUGGUUCGAAGGCCCAGGAGACACCUACAUAGGUUCCUUCUGCAGAACCUCACUCAGUCCUCCCCCCGUGAUGUAUCUUACAAAUCCUGCACUGGGAUCAUUCAGGUGGCAGGCAGCCCUUACAGAACAAAAUACCUGUUUUUUCUUUUUUAAAAUCCUGGGUUGAAAUCAUAGAAUUGUAGAGUUGGAAAGGGACCGCAAGGGUCAUCUAGUCUAACACCCUGAAAUGCAGGAAUCUUUCACCCAACAUGGGGCUCAAAACCACGACACUGAGAUUAAGAGCUUUGUGCUCUACCGACUGAGCUAUACCAGCUGCCACAUUUCACGCUGGACCAAUUCAAGACCUGUUUUGGUUGCCGUUAGAAUCUUUGUUAUUCAGGAGAGAGAAAGAGAGAGAAAUUAAAAAUGCUGAGUUUGUUUAAAAUAAAUGUUUCUAGCAAGAGAUUGAAGGGUGGGGGCACAGAGACCUCUGACUCCAGUGUCCCAUACAGGCACUGUAGGCAUGUAGUAUGAUGGUAACUGUGGUUGGUAAAUUAUUUUAUUAUUGUGAGAAUAAAAGUGAAUCAGAGAU